CAAGAGAACCGCGCCGCGCGCCGUAUACACACUCGUAUAUAACAUUAUUUUAUCGCGUAUAUAGUCGCAGCCCGGACGCUCGGCCGAGAAUUCGCCACUUGUUGGAUUUCGCUGUGUGUUUGCGGGCAGAUCGUCGUGCGUGUGUGUACGUGUGCGUCUGCAAUCGUAUACCGCAACCGCAAGUAAGUAUUAACGAUAAUAAUAUAUUAUAAAUAAUAAAAUAUUAUAGUGCGAAAAAUAUUAUUCAGUUGCAAUGUUAUCAGCUUUAAUUUUGAUAUUAAAAUCGAGGUUCCUUUGAUAUUACACCCGUCAUCAAUAUACUGCGGUCACGGUUAUUAUUAUAGACUUUUUUUUUUUCUAAAUAAAUUAUCAAACAGCCAGGUAAUAGUAUUAUUAUCGAUAAAAGAAAUCAUAAUUUUUUCGUUUGGUUUGUCAAUCGAUUCCACGAGAAAAAUGAAUAAUGCAAUUAUGUAUAUAUAUUAUAUAGUUAUUAAAAAAAAACUACAUGAAAAUCCACAGUUUGAACAAAUAUUUAUUUGGAAAACAAACCAAUAUAGAACGUAUAGGUGUGUAGCUAUCUAAAAUAUAAUUUUGGGAUUACAAUGGGGACGAGUGUAUAAAUUUAAAUUAGUAAAAAAAAAAUAUGUGUUUCUAAAAAAACUACGUAUUUUUUGUCGUGGAUGUAAUUAAUAUACAUAAAAAAAAAAAACGAUUUUCAUCACUGUCGUUCAAACAAUAUUAUAUAUAAGACUUAAGUAUAAUUGCAGUGUUCGAAACCUUUUAUUAUUAUUAUUUAUUUUAUUGAAACAAUUUUACUAUAAAUUCAAUUUGAUUAUUUAUACACGUAAAAUAAAAAUAAUUUUCGUGUUGUAAGGAUUCGUUUAUAACUUUAUUUAAUUUGAAAAAAAAAAAGUAUAUUAUAUACAUAAUUAUCAAUUAAAUAAUAGCAUCACUGAAAAAAUACGAACGUAUUUUUAUUGAAUAGGUCAUAAUGUAAACUUGAAUUUAUAAUAUUAUUACCAAUUAUGUCUUUCGUAUAAUUAAUAAUAUCCCGCAUUAAUUUCAAUAUUUUCAUCUUUGAACCGACGAACAGUGUAUAUCCACCUAUAAUUUAUGGAAAUUUGUCGCUGUACUACGGGCGAGAAAAAUAAACUGCCAUUCGCUAUAUACCAUCGAUGACAAAAUAGAAAUCGAGUUAAGAAAAUUGUUCACGAUUAGGUUAGGGGUACGUAAAUAAUGUAAAUUUAAAAUAUUUAACGUGGCAUUAGUAUGGAAAAUUCGUAUUGGCACAGUACAUAAUUAAUUUAAAUAUUCAUGUAGCUGAAUUUUCAUUUGUAUUUAUAUAUAUAUAAAAGUCAGAGUCAAAAUAAUAUCAAUUUCGAUCAUUUGUUUGACCUUCAAUAACAUAAUUUGUUUUAUGCAUAAUUUUUGUACGAACUACAUACAAAAUAUCUCGGUGCCGUAGUUAUGGGGAAGGGGGAAUAUGCAGGUCCCCGAUAUUCCUGGUAAAUAGCAUAAUUAAAUAGAAGUAGGGCGGGUGCGCAAAAGCCUCGGAACAGUAUAUAUGCAAAAAAAGCUGUCAGACCCCGAAAAAAAAAAAAUGAAUAUACUUAGGUAUCUGGAAUAUCUAUGAUAUUAUAAAUAAUAAAAUAAUACAGUAAAAACAAAAUUAUUAAAAUGGUUAAUACUCUUAAAUAAAUAUAGAAAUAAAAAAUAAAUGAAUGGAUUAUUGCGUCGCCUGGAGUAUUAUGAUAAGUGUAUUAUACGACCGAUUUCGAAUUAAAAUUUGAUCAGAUAUAUCACAGUCAAAAUGUAAAACCUAACCUAACCUAACCGUGAAUGUGAUAUACCUAAUGAUGAAAUUUUAAUUCGAAACCGGUCGUAUAAUACACUUAUCAUAAUACUCCAGGCGACGCAUUCAUUCAUUCAUUCAUUUUUUAUUUCUACAUUUAUUAUAUUUAUAAUUAAUAAUUAUAACAGUCAACGUAAAUGAUUUUUAGUAAGAAAAAAAUACAUAAUAUACAUUUAAUAUAAUAAAUUAAUAUACAGCAUUGCUGUAUGGUAUAUGAUGUGUUCCCAAUAAAAUAUUUAUUCUUCUCGACUGAAAUAUGAUAAAGCUUCUAUAUUUUCGUUUCUUUAAACGAUAAUGUUUGAAAUGAUAAUAAUAUAGGAUCUUUAUUGUAACACAAAGAAAUAUAAAUUUUAUCUUUUUUUUUGUAUAAUUUUACUUUUAAGAUGAUAAUAAUUUAAAAAAUCCACGUUUAUGCUAAAUGACCGACUAAAGUACCCUUUUCAAACGAUUUUCAUAGAUGUAGAAAUACCGUCAAACAUAUUUUCGAGUUGAUACGGAUUUUUAAUUCCCCCCCCCCUCUUAAUUAUUUCGUUGAAAUCUACUUUAUUCUUCAUACCUUUAAAUACCGAGCCGUUAUAACAUGAAAAAUGUGUGUUUUUUUUUUUUUAAUAAAUUGAAUAAUUCAAUUAAUUAAUAUUUUCCGCCGCUAAAUCGUAUCGCGUGCAAGAUAUAACAGUGUUAAAAACACCGUAUAAAAUCGUCUAUGGGGCGUGGGUGUUCCGGCGUAUAACUUAAGCGCGUUGUAUGUAUUACACGUGAAUAAAGAUAGGGUGAAUUUAUAGCUACCGGGUAGAUUAAUGUUAUAGGAGGGUAUUAUAUAAUCCUCGUUCAGAGUAGUGAAGCGUAGUGUUUAGUCGCGAUAAUUUUUAUGCCUUCGUGGCGAAACGAAAAUAUAAUAUAAUAUUGUUACGAAAAUAUGAAACCUAUUUACCAAGAGAUAUUUACAAGUCCGGAUGACUUCGAAUAAAAAAUAUGAAUGCCCGAACAAACACUUUUAGAUUCUGAGUGUAGCGUAGAAGUUAUUAGAUUCGCUGAAAUGUGCGUGUUUUUUUUUCUUUCGGGUAAUACUUUUUUGGCGUAUGAAAUGCUCAGUUUUUCCGUACAAUACCUAAAAAGAUACAGAAAUUCCUUCCAGAUGGCUGCUGUUUACUUAUUCAAAGCAUUUUUUUUUUUUAAACUCUCAAUUUUUCACACUUAGUUUUUUUUUAUUUUUCGGUUAGUAAAAGUGAUUAAAAUUAUUCACAUUAUUGCUCAAAAUAUACGGACUUUCGUCUAUCAGCAGGUAGUUUAAUUGAAAAGAAUUUUUAGAUUCCCAAGAGUUUUUUUUACACAAAGUUUUUCUAUAAUUUUAAAAACUGACAGCAAAAUAUGUCGGUACUUAGAUUUUAUUUUUAAUAAUUUAUGGGUGAUAUGUUGAAUUAUAUUUCUAUAAAGAGCCAAGAUGUUUAUAUACCACCCACCAUACUAAUUUUACCCUACUCAAAUUUACUAAAAUCUGUAUUUGUAUUUAACAUAAAAUUUCCUAUUUCAUUAAACCUAUUUUCAAAGUAUUAUUACUCUAAAAUAAAAUAUAUCUAAUAUCUGCCUUGCAAUAUAACUGAAAAUCAAAAUAUAAUUUAAAUUACCCACGCGGUAACUGUAAUGCUGAUGGAGCCGAGGCUUCUCAUAAACAUUGUCAAUGUGACACUGUUUCUGGGUUUACUUUGUAGGAUAGUCGAAAGAAACUAUAAUUAUAUUCUAUACCUACUAUACUGUAACUUUACCAGUUUACCGAGCUUUGUUCAGAAUCAUUUUUUGAUUGCAAUGAUUCGUCAUAGUGAAUUUUUCAUUGUGUAAACUAAUUUAUCAUCUCCAAUUAAAUUAUCGAUUAUACAACAUUGGCCUAAACCCAUGAUGCGAAGUAUGUCUGGAUUUUUGAAAAAAUCCGUGCAAGUUUUAAUUCAAAAAUAAUAAAACAUUUAAGUAAAAUCUAUAGUCACACUUAUGUAUAUAUAUAUAUUAUACAUACAUGUCCAACGAGACUUGGUUUUAAUUAAUCUAUGUUUUUUUUAAACACGCGUUAUUGCUGUGUGCGUAUUUUAAACUUAAUAUUAUAAUUAUAUAUUCGCGCGAUGCUCAAACUUUUCACGUUUAUUUUAAUAAAUCGCGUGGUUAAAAUAUUAUCGUUAUGAAUUUCUGAUGUCUCAUAGCGCCGUGCCGUAUCCCUUGAGGCGAAAAAGACGGAGCUGGCGGAAGCUAGUAGGUAGGUCGGUUUCUUUACGUGAGAGGAAUACUAUGAAAAAAAAAAACAAAAAAACAUGACAUUUUAAUUUUUUUAAUCAAAUAAUUUAUAUCCGGAUAACCGUGCUGCUAAUACUAUAUUAUAUUAUUAUACAUCAUACUGCUCCCACCGUCAUGCCACGGAACACGAGAAUUAAUUACAUUUCGGUGAGCUUUUAAUAAUCGCGUUGCUAAAUCCGAAACCCGGCACUACUGCUACUGUACCAAUCGUACCUAAAACUUCUAUGUAGGUAGGUACUCUGGUAUGUUUUUAAAUCAAGUUAUAUCGGACUUAAUUAAACACACACCUGCGCGCCGUUUAUCAACGUUUUUUAAUCAUCUCGGCAUUUAAAUUAUCAAUAUUAUUAUUAGUUUCUUCCUACCCACUCCUGCACCAAGACGAAAUGCGUAUAAAUGUUAUAGUUUUUAUAUUUUUCGCAUUGAUAAAGUUGAUUCAUUUUCUUUUGAUUGAUUUUACUGACGAUAUGCGUGAUUUUAUUGAAAAUUUGAACUUAUGAUGUUUUUUUGUUCGUGUUUUUAAACUUUGAAGUUUAAAUUUCGACGAAAAUUGUAAAAACCACGGUAUUUUGUCUGUUAAUUUGGAUUUUGAUUCUUUUUUUUUACUUCAGUAAAAAAUAAUAUUAGAAUCUCAAAAUGUUCACUGAAUACUUAUAUUAUGACACUCGUAAGUCAUAGUACAAUUUUUAUUUCAUGUUUUUAAUAUAUUCUGAUGUUUAUUUUUAGUUAUUUGAAAUUGUCUAGACUUUAAUUUGUUUUAUGUGGAUACAAAUAUUGUAUUUAAAAUUUCAAUUUAUAUCAGUGUAUUAAAUUCAAAUUAUUGUUAAAAUUCGCUUAAACAUUUUCUAAAUUCUUGAAAGUACAUCUUAACGAUAUCUCAUCGGUCGGAUAAACCGAAUUACAACAAAAAAAAAAACAAAAUCUAAACUAAUAAAUCUUUAUUAUCAUACUUUUCCGUUUUUCAUUUUUCUCUUCUAAAAACCAUUUUGUUUAAUUAUUCUGUACUUACCUCUGCUCUACAGAAUGGUCGUUAAUUAAAUACAAUUAAAACCAAAAUAUAAAUACAAAUAUAUAAAAUAAACAAUAAAUCAUAUCUUUAAUGAACACUCUUGUUUGAGAUUUCAAUACAGUGUCUCGUGGGUUUUUGAGAUUUCAUCGUUCGCUGUGAUCUCAAUGAUGAUCAACUGAAACAUUUAACAUACAGACAAUAAGUUUCAUUAAUAGUCAUCCUCAUACAUAUCGAUAUUAAUAUUAAUAAUUAAUUACAAUUAAAUACAUCGUUCCCGGCUUUAACUUACUCAACAAAAUGUAACUUUACUUGUAUAUUUAAUCUAAUUUCUAUAAUCGUAUCUAUAUCUCAAUGUAAUUGUAUAGGAUGAAAUAAGGUAGACUACCUUGUACUUUGGGGCAAUUAUAAAAAAAAAAUAAUAAUGGAAAAUAAUGUAAUAUUUUUUUUUUACAUUUUAUCACAAUUGUAUGAAGGUAUUAAAAUGUAUUUUGGUAUUGUGCAUUGGUUUUAAACAAGACAAUAGAGUAAUUGUAAAUAUUCAUAUAAUUCACACUUAAGAUUCUUAAAAUGACCAGGAAUUAUUUUAUUUCAUAUUGCCCCUGUUAUAAUAAAUUGUAUAGUACUCAAUACGUUCAAUUUUGUUCAUUUACAAUAAUCUCCAAACAUUUUUGAAUAAUUUAGGGAAAUAAGGCAAUUGCAAAAAUUGAAUUAAAAAUUUAAAAAUGUAUGUUUAGCAUUUUUUCAUGUGAAACCUUAUUUUUUAAAAAACUAUUAAUCAAUUUAAGUACAAAAAAUAUGAAUAAUAUUCAAUUUUUUUUAUAAAUAUUAUAUUAUCUAUUUACAAUUAUCCCGCUUAGUACCCUAGUAACCCUAUUAUUAUUUUCUUUUGAUUACUUAUUAUUUAUUUACUACUUUGUGUAAUUUACCUAUUUUUAGAUUCUGGGUGGAGCGACUUUUUUUUUAGGUUUUUUUAAUAAACUGUCUACUAUAAAUCUUUCUCAAAUCAAACAAAUGAUAUAAAACUCCGUUUGUAAAAUUUUGGAUCUAGUAGGUUAAUUUUUUGAUUUUCGUAAUUCGUCCACAAAAAAAGUUUUUAUUAAAAAUAGCGCGUUUGUGUAAUAUGUGAUAAUAAUUAUUUGGUUAUACUGUAUGUAUAUUUCACACGUUUUACAUAAUUAUAGUUAAAUCAUCUGUCUAUAUUGCAGACACCAUACCUCACGUAUGGUCGUCGUUUCAAGUCUGAAAUUAAUUUCCAUCAUAUCACUAUCAUUAUACACACUUACUAUAAUACAUAUUAUAUUUACUUAGUGGAAAAGCGUUGAUAAAGUCGAGAAAUCUAAAAAGAUUAAGACAAUGGGUAAGUACUUAUAUAUAGUAAGUGAAUUGUAAGUAUAUAGGAACGUAUCACUACCUAUAUAUAUACUGGAAUAGGAGAGUUGUUAUACCAACGAAGCGUUAAGCUUUAAGUGCUUGUAGAUUAGAGUGUAAGAAAAGAACAACUGAGACUCUUUUGAAGAAAUCUUUGAAAAAUUCUAUAUAAUCUAGAAAUAGCUAUCUCGUACAUAUACGAUAUGGGUAAUUUUGUAGAAAAUCUUAUGAAAAAAAAAAAAACUAAAAAACAACUGCAUCUGAAAACAUGCAUUACGUGAAAACAAAUCAAAUAUAAUUUUAAAUGAUUAUGUUAAUAAUAAUAUUAUAUAUAUUUAUAUAUUAGUAUUUUUAGAUUCUAAAUGAAGUGAGGAAGUUUUACAAUGAUGUUUUUUUAGAUUCGGAGCGUAGCGAGGAAUGUUUUUGUUGUACAAUGAUGUUUAUUUUUUGUUUUUAUUUUUUUAUCUAUUAACAACUUUUUUACCAGAAAUCUUGUUCCAAUUUUCAAGUGUAGUAUUUUUUCUGAAAGGUUAUUUUUUCCACGUAGUUUUCAUAAUAAUUAGGAAAAACGGGAAAAUUUACAAAAAUAAUGCUAUUUUUAUAUUCAAUUGUAUUUUUGUUGUAGUUAUUCAGUUAAAAUAUUUGUAGAUAUGUACUUAAAAUUUGGGCAAAAAACUUAUAAUAGUACGUGGUCAAAUUUUAAAAAUAUUUAACUAUUUUUGAGUUAUUUAUUGACAUUUAAAUUUUGCUAUUUUUUCACGUAAUUUUUAUUCGGUAGACAAUGUAAAUGAAAUAUUGUUAGACCAAAUAUAAAUUCUUGACAAUUUAACAGAAGGUUCUACAACGUUUACAAUAUUAUUUUCCUUGCUAUGUUUUAGGUGAACUUAGGCGCCGUAUAAAUUUACUAAAAAAUUACUGUAAAAUUUAAUAAUUCACCCCUCGGUGGUUCUUUUGGUUUCUUUGAAGAUGCUGUCUACUUUUAUGGCUAGACUACCUUCCAAAUUCCAAUAUAUUAUGUUUAACUACUACUUUUAUAUGGAAAUAAAUUUAUAUUUUUACUAUUUUUUGUCCCUUUAAUUCAGAGGAGGGAUUUCGUAAUAUAGUAGGUGCUUAGGUAGGUUAUCUCAUUUUUGAAAUAUUGAAUUUGAAUAUAUAAGUAGUGAACGAUUGCAAUAGUGUAUUGUUUACAAGUUUGGGUACACCAAAAUUAAAAAUUAAAAAAAAAAAUAUAUAUAUUUAUAUUCUAUAUUUAAUAACUAUUCUUUAGUAUUUCUCGGAAUAUUGUGCUAUAAGCAGUUUUUAUGGUAUUCGGACUGAACCCGAUCCGUGGACGUUUGUAUGUUCGAACGUAUUUUCGGGAGUGUUAUACUUUAACAUUCAUGUAUAACAGUUAACUGGGUCAAUAAAAAUAGUAAUAAUAUUAUAAUUUUAAGUUUCAAAUCCGCAGUCCGUGUAUUCGAAUAAUUAACAGCGAUAUGUACCGACAAUACGAUGUGUGCAAACCUUGCGUGUUUACAUUACAGAAUGAGAAACAAAAUAUACCUAUACACAAUACCAUACGUACUUUAAUACUUACCUAUACCUACAUCGUCGUUAUAAUAUUAUUAUAAAGCGCGAGACAACAUAUUUUGUAAAAAUACCAAAAUGCAAUAUUUUACUCUCUUACUUAUACUGCGUGUUUAAAAACUGUUAUUUACAUUUUAUAUAUAGUCACAACUUUUCUCGUCGUUAUUUUUUAUUCGCCCUUAUAUGGAGCUGAAAGCUCUUUUUGUCGUAUUUGCACCCAAAAUUAGAGGCUAUUGUACUGUAUUAUGCCCGUUAUCCUCCCCCCCCCUGGACUACUAUUGGAAACUUUAUUUGGACCAAAUGAGCUGAAACGCGAGAAUAAAAGUUAUUUUAUAGGCGGGUUGAAGUGAUGAAAUUAUUUUGAUUGAGUUUAAAUAUGAAUUUUACCAUAUUGUUGCGAUAUGGUGUUUUUUGGCUUUUUGCACCCCUAUAUACCCCAAAAUAGAAAUCAGAAUUAAGAUAUUUUGCUUAUACAUAGUAUAAGUAUCAAGGAUGUGCCUUUUUUGAGUCUCACAUUUCCAUCUCAACACCCUCUUCAACCGUUUUUGUGUCAACAUUUCAUGUUUUCACAGAAAAUACACAGGGUUUUAAAUACCUUUACAGACUAAAAUGUAAUACAACUCUGACAAUUAUAAGUAUUUUAGAUCAGUUAUGUAAAAAAUAAUGAACUAUUAUAAUAGUGGCUCUUAUUUGAAACUAUGUAUAGGACGGAGCUCGGCUGUUCACCGAAGAUUAUUUUUUUCUUAUACAUGCAUUAAAACAAUAUUAAUCAUUCUUAUCAGAGCAUAUAUAGAUAUAAUGUUAUAAACUUAUAAGUAAUGUGAAGUUUAAGAAUUUAACAUAUAAGUAAUUCCUAAAUUUCACAAAAACAAAAUGCCGAUAUAAAAGUAUAUUAAAUUACUACACUUUUUUAAAUAAUGAAUACAUUAAGUUAAAAGAAAAAAAAAUCACCCUUUGUAUAUACUACUGCGUUAUAUAGAACGGUGAAUAAUUUUGACAUUUUACAAAGAAUUGUAAUCGAUUAUAUAAGUAUUUCAAGCGUGGAAAAAUAUCGAUGAUUAUAUAUGGCUCUAUUUCGGUAGAUUGAAUAUUAUUAACUUUAAGCACGUUUAAAGAAUAUUGUUUACGCAAUAAUUUAACAUUUAUCGUAUUCAAAAAUAAAAAAUACGGAUAUAUUUCGCAGGUUGGGUGCACCACUGUUGUAGGUGAGAAAUUAGGAAGGUAACAUAUAGAGGGAAAUUGAAUAUAUAUCUUUACGCAACGAUUAAUUAUUGCUAUCGAAUAAUGAUUCUGACCGGAGUUUAUUUAUACAUGUUUUAAAAGACGGUAAUAUUUACGAUUUUCAUCAAAAUUCCUUAUUAAAAUUCUUGUAAAAAAAAAAAACCCUACAAACAUUAUUAUAGAUAUAAAAGGCACUUCAUUUCAUAAAAAAAAAAAUUAUAUUUUAAAAAAAUGUACAGACAAUAAAAUAAUAUUAUAGAACGUUAAAUGCGUAUCAAAUAUCAUAAUAUUAUAAUAUACGUGUAUGGUUAGGUAUACCAAAAAUAACGUUUAUGAUUUAUAUUGAAGAAACGAAAACAGCAAAUCCAUCGAAAUAUAAGGCUGCGUAAUUUCAUUCGUUUUCCAUAUGCACAUCAUAUUGUCUUGGUUUAUACAUUAUUAUAAUACGAUGACUUGUGAUGAGGAGCUCGGCGAAGAUUAUUGACAUACUGUAGCUAUUAACUUCACUCCCUCACGCGCGGUUGUUUCGACACCAGUUUUUCUAUUCAAUAUUACACUUACCACCAUCGCAUUGUGGCUUCUCUACUCCCGGAACAAUACAAAACCGACCCGUUAAACCCACAACCCUUUGUACGACUAUAUAUAUAUAUAUAUAUAUAAGUAUACUAUAUACGGUCCUGGCGUUUAGGGGCUUAAAAAGCCUUUCUCAUUUAUCUCGGCGGGUAAUAAUAGUGGAAACUGAUGUUAUGUCGCGCUGCGUGUAUAUAUACGUACAUAAGUCGAGCGCGAUGGUGGGACAGCGGGGUUACCGUGGCAACCAGAUUUUCCACUAAGUAUAUAUAAACGCUAUCCACCAUACUAUACCAUCAUAGACGGUUGUUGUUAUUAUUAUUAUGAUAUUUUAUAUAGGUAUAAUAUUGUAUACUUAUAUUCUCGAUUCGAACACCAGAUAUAAGUAUACGCAAAAAUAUUAAACGUGUUACAAUUUUUUAUAUCCGCUUUAAGCCCGGUCCACGGGAUGACGGUACAGUUCCUAUCGUGAUAGUUAAGUAAACACCAACUAUUACGGUAAUAACCAUCACAGAGACACGAACAUCAUCCAUACGCUAUGAUAUAGUACAGAGCGUACACGCAUACGAUAUAGCACACUAGAGAGUAGAAGACAUGAUAGUAGAGUGAAUUUCGAUUACAGUACUACACACAUAUAUUUAUAUGUACAAUUCAACUAUAGAUUACUUAUCAACGAAGUUUUCAAUUUACCAUUUAGUCCAUGGAACUGGAAGCCCACUCUUUAGAUUCAGAGCGUAGCGAGGGAUCUAUAGGUUUUACUAUGAUAUGUGAUUUCUAUUUCUGUCUGUAAACAGUUAUUGUUUAUUAUUGUAGUAUAUUUUCUGAAAGGAAACUUUGUCUAAUUGAUGCAUUAGAAAGGUCAUUGAUUUACCAAGAGAUUUUCAAAAUAAUUGAGAAAACCCCGAGAACAGUGUAGUAUUUUUUUUUUUAGAUAUAAAAGUUUUAAAACUAAAUUUUGACAAAAAUCGUAAAUAUUGUGGCCUUUUAAAACAUAUAUAACCGAAAUUCGCUAUCGCUAAUUCAGUAUCGUUUUUUUUUUUAUUGAAAUACAAUUUAUCGACGAUUUUAGUGUUUAAUUAUUAUACGAAUAAAAUAAAAUAACCCAUAAAUAACCUAUAAAUAAAAUAACCCAUCUACAACAGUUGCUAUAUUCGACUUUUAUUUAUUUUACAAAGAUGUUUAUUUUUUUUUUACCUGCACAACUUUUCUACCAGAAAACUUGCUCGGAUUUCUACGUGUAGCACCUUUUCUGAAAGAAAUCGGCGUGGAAAGGUAUUUUAAGGAGGUGAAUUUUGAUUUUCUCGGGAGUUUUUUCAUCAAAUUUGAAAAACCGGGAUAAAAUAUGGGAAAACAGGAAAAACGUAGAAAAACUGAAAAGAUCGGUACAACAUGAAACAAAUAUUAUUAUAGAAAAUAUAUAAAGCCUAUUUAAUUAUUCUACUAUACAAUUACUUAUAUAUUGUUGACAAAGUAUCACUAUCAACUGAACUCCGCUCAGAAUCGUUUUUUCAUGCAAUGAUUUAUUGUUGCUUACAGGUAUACAUUAAUUAUCUAUAACAGUGGCUGCACCCGUCCCUAUUAUCCUAGGACGUCUUUUUUUUUACUGUUUAAAUUGCAUGCACGUAUUAUGUAAGAUAUAUACGAAUAAUAUGCCUAUUUUGAAUUUAAUCUAUAAUGAUAUACCUCUAAAAUAAAAUGGAGGUUAUAUUUUUAGCUACAUUGAUUGUAAAUCCUACAUUCUGAACUAAAAUUCUUUGGUGUACAUUUACUUAUUUAAUCCACGAUGAAUGUACAGGCUUGUAAAUUAAACUAUCUAUAUGCGCCUGAAAAUCAAAUUGGCAAUAUAUUAUAUUCUAUUCAAAUGACAAACAUUUAAAAUAUAAUUAGUCUACAUUAAUAUAUAGCUGUCAACAAAAAUAUACAAUAUUACACAACUAUACAAAAAAUUUUAAUAUAUACGCGUCCGCGUGAAAUUCGAUUAAAUUAACACUUGAAAUUAAUGUGAAUUACCAAAAUAUUAUACUUAAAAGAAAUAAAAAAACUCAAACAGUUUUUAGUCCCUGCAUUUUAAUUAAACAUAAUAUUUCGCUUUUUUUUUUUUUUGACUCGCACCCACCUACCUACUGCAGUAAUCUAAGUACCCUUUAGAUUUCGAGUAUAUAGCAGCAUCAAAUAAGACUGUUAUUUUUUCGUAAUAUAUAAUAAUAUAUUGCUGUAAAAUGCAUUAUAAUGAGUUUCUUAAUCCCGGCGAGAGGUUAUAAAACACCAUUGAAUAUUUCCCUUGAUGUAUAUUUUAAAGAGGUGUUUUUUUUUAUAUACCUACUAGAAAAUAUAAUAUCUAAGGUUCCGUCGACAAUAAAAAAUAUAUGACACGAAAUGCGUUUUCCGAUGAAAAAUUGUUACGUUUUUAAGAACGCGCGCGCGAGAGAGGAAAAUAUUCGCCUCGGUUUUGAAUGGUUAAUUUGAGCAAAUGCUUCGGGUUUUCUCGUUAAAAACGAUUUAUAGGGGUGGUUGCGUUUUGUACGUAUAGGGAUAAGUAACGGGAGAUGGCUACACGCACGUAUGAUUUAUCGGCAUUUUGUUUUUCGACAUAAUUGCGUUCUCCCGCAUGUAAAGUAGGUUAUGAUUUUAUAUGUACAUAAUUUUUUAAAUAUUAUUACUGACAUAUUGUACUGCAAUUUUUAUUAUUUUUAGUAUAUUUUAUUAUAAUGGUUUACCGAUAAAAUUAUCGUGUAAAAGCUAUUAAAACCAGAAAUUAUGCAUGUUUACAGCAAUUUAAUUAAAAUCGGUCGUUUAUGGAAAUAGAGUUAUUUUUAAUAAUAAUAUUACAUCAUCUUAUUAAAUAUUUUAAUUUUUAACAACCCCUGCACGUCAUUUAUAGUUUUUAUAUAAAACACUGUUGAUUUUUUUUUUAUCAAACAUGAUUUAUUGAAGUUAAAUUAAAAUGUAUUAUGUAUAGCAGUCACAUAGAAAUGGCCAACUGGCACUAUUGUACUGUCCGAUUUUUUUUAAAUUUUUUGUUUUAAUGUAUGUCGUAUACCAAUCGUUGAAAAAAAUUGUAUACAUUUUGAACGUUCGAAAAUUGGUUUGGUGAAUAUUAUUCAUCAACGAUCGUCAUCUAUCGACUAACUUCGGACAUUCAUGGUGUAAUAACAUUUUAUACGUUAGGUAAGGCUGGUUUAGAUUAGGACUAUUAUGAUAUAUAACAACUAAGUUAAUCCGUUCAAUUCUGAAUUCGCCAUUGUUCUUUAAUCGGCAAUAGGUAUACACAUGAUCAAGGCAAAAAAAAUUGAACAAUUUUCAUGAACCAGUAGAUUUGUUCCACAUAAUUUUUUACUCAAAAUUUGAUAUUAAAAUUCCUUUAUAAAAAAAAAUACUACAUAAAGCUCUAAUUUUUUUUUGACCACAAAGUACGACAUUUAUGGAACUUCCUAUUAAAUUUUCAAGCAUUCCUAUUUAGUCUAACAAUUUUAUCCACAGAGUACUUACCUAAUAAAAAUUGCGUACAAAACUUACAAAAUUAAAAUGUCUAUAAUUAGCUUAAAAAUGGAUCAAAUGUUUUGAAAAUAGUAUCAUGUAUAGAAUAAGCAAAUAUAAGUUUUCUGUCAAAAUGUCUUAUCUUUAUGAAUAUAUUAAACUAAAUUACAUUCAAAAAAUAAAAUUGAAAAAAAAGAAUUAUUUUCGUACAUUUUCCCGUACUUUCUGCAUUUUACUUAGGUUUUUCUAAUUAUUAUUGAAACUAAAGAGAAAAUCAAAAAACGAGUAACUUACUCGCGAAAUAGAUUAAAAAUAAACAAAAAAGGUCUAUUGUUGUUUAUUUAUUGGAGCAAUGGUAGAAAUGGUAGAAAACAUAAGCCAUACAAUUUUAAAAUAAUGAAAUCGUUGUGCCGUUAUUUGGAAAAAAUCGUAAAUUUAGUCUUUUUAGUUUUUCCUAGUUAUUAUGAAAAAUACUUUAUACAUCAAAAAACGACUUUCUUUGUCAGUUUCAAAUCGACCUUUUGUAAUUUUUUGAUUGGAGCAAUAUUUCUGGUGGAAAACAUUAUGUUAACACAAUAAAAACAAUGAAAAUGGUAUGGCCGUGGUGCGCAGUAAAUAGUUGCCGUUACUCAUAAUUUUUUUUUGGUUUUUCCGAAUUAUUUCAUAAAACUCUUGAAAAAUCCAAAAUGAUCUCCCCAAUGCACCAAUAAGAGAAAAUUACUUUUCAGAAAAGGUGCUAUAAUGGAACUUCGGAGUAAGAUUUCUGGUAGAAAUGUUGUUCAUGGGUAGAAAAAAAAACAUAAUAAAACCAAUAGAUCCCUCUCUAAUAAAAUAGUUUAAAAUAUAUUUGUUAUAAUUCAAUCACUGGUUAACAUCCAAAUCAUUCAACGUUGCCAAAAUAUUACCCUUCGGACCAUUUUCACAGCAUACCGAUUCGACAGAAAUGACGUCAUCCAUCGUAAUCUCAACAUACUAUUCAUUCAGGGCGAAAUCAAUAAAUUUGCUAACAAACAUCUGAAUAAACUAGAGUUGCACACCAAUACAGCUGCUAAACAACUGCUUGAUAACUCACAAGACACCAGGCACCUUAAACGCUUGAAGCCCUAUGACUUAGUUUAAGUAAUUUAGGCUAAGGGGCAAUCUCAUUGGAGAAAUAACCUCAAACAUGUUUAGGUAUACACUGUAUAUUGAAUACAUUGCUCCUAUACUAUGUAUAAUUUACUAAUUUAUACUCGCUUCAUUGUAUUUAUAAAGAAAACUUGUCGUUUAAAUAAAGAUGGUGAAUGGCAGUUUCAAAAAAAAAGUCCCUCUUUCUAAGCCACACUAUCAGAGUAUACAAAAUGUUGGUUCAAUAUUAACGAGCCGAGUUGGUCACUACUAUAUAAUAAUAUAGGCUCACCAACUAAGUACCCUUAUACACACGGUAAAGCUAUUUAAAAAAAUACUUUUUAAAAAACAAACGGCUUUUAUAAAAAUAAAUAUAACGGACAUUUAUCGUAGACUGCAUGUGUCCACUGAAUACAUUUACAUAAGUAAUCGCUAUACACUGUACUUACUCUAUAUACCGCUUAAAGAAAACUAAUUUAUUCUAAAUAUUUUCAAUUAUUUUCAUUUUAUAUUCGUAAAAAAAAAAAAAAACUCGAUAGUUUAUUAUAAUAAUGAAAUUGCGUAGGCAGUAAAAUACUAAUAUAUUAUAUAGAUGCAAGAUUUUAACUUUAAAAAAUAUUUUAAUUGAAAAGUUUCUUAUUUUGACAGACUGUAAUAUCGUAUGAUCGUAAUAUUAUAGAACCCUAUAUUAUACCUAAUAUACCUAUAUAAUUUUAUAUAGAAUAAAACAAAGAGCUAUACAAAAAAUGUAUAUACAUAAUAUAUAUUUACGUAACAAUGUCGUCUCGAUCGUUGAAAUGUAUUGUCAUCGCGUUGUUCAUGUAUAUAAUAUUUUUAAGUCUAUAUAGUAUAUACGCGCGCAGCAACAAACAUAAUCAUUGUCUCGUGAACAUGAGAUAAAUAAUAUUAUCGACGAGGUCCCGUGGAACUGAAAUAUUAAACUGGGCAGAAACCGCAUAUAAAAAUGAUGAUUAAAUAAUUUCCAAAAUUCAAUAACUUUAUGUGAAACUUUUUUUUUUCUAUUUAGUAACUUACUGUAAUGUUAUGUCGUCGCUAAUUCUAUAACAGCAUGUAACUUAAAAUUUGUAAAAUAAGAUUAUUAUUACCCAUCGUUAUUGAUAAAACACAUUUUUUAUUAGACUCGUAAUUACAUAAAUUAUAACACUGGUUAUCAAGUAAAAUGUUUAUUUUUAACUAUAAAAUAUUAAUGAACAUCUAUUACUUAUAUACAGCACUCUAACUGAGUUAAUUUUUUUUAAGAGUAACUGUAUGGAAAAAACUUAUAUAUUUUUAAACUUCACUCAAUUACUAAAAUAAAACUGCAUAUUAUAUUAUAUAUUAUUAUAUAUGAUCGAAAUUAUUAUCUGUAAAAUAUAAUAUAUUGAACAUUUCUCGCACUGCAUAAUAACGUAAUAGUACAUAAAUAGGUUUCGAUUGAGACGAUUUUUGACAAUCUUCAAAUUGAUCGUUAAAAUACUGUUAAUUAAAAGACAUAAACCGUAUAUGUCUUUUAUUUGAAUAUACUGAAAUACUUUUAACCACGCGUUAUACGUGGUUUCUCUGACGAGUUAUCGAAAAUCCGAAACGUUUCGGACUGUGUCGUAAAUCGCUCCAAUGACUAUAUACACGCUUAUAUUAUUAUAUAGUGUAAUAAAUGUGUAAUUGUGUUUGCCCAUCGACCGGACGUUUAUUGCACAGCACUUCUGUGCCUAUAGACGUUUGUCGGGCGUAAUAUAAAUCCGUCAAUAGAUGCGAUGCAAGCCGGACAUUACGGGAUAUAUUAUUUAUAGACAUUUAAGACAUUUUGCUCUCAUACCUACACGGGGACGUGGUGCCAAUUAUUUAAAAAUGUCAAUCGAUCGACCUCAGCUACCCUCAGUCCCAUAGUUUCGGCCGUCGUUUCGAUUAAUUGCACACUUCAUAAAACACAUCCGGCGCCUCGUUCCGAAAUAUCGCGAGCAUAAAUUAUUCUAUACGUAUACAUUUUAAUGUAAUAUGUCACUACCACGUCAAACACUAUAAAUACUCGGUAUAUAGGUACUCAACCCACGUAUAAUUAUUAUUAUCAGGAAUAAUACACAAUAACAACGAUAGGGGUUAUGCACGUAUUUAAAUUCUGGCUCGACAAAAUGGGGUGAAAAAUAAUAAUUAAAAUAAUAUAAUCAUUAAUCAUAGGCCAGCAUUAGUGAUUUGUCACACGUAGAUAAGAUAUUUUGUCACUCCUAUAGUAUAAAAACUUAAUGAGCAAAAAAAAUUAUUUUGAGCAUUUGCGCAUUUAAUAAAUUAUUUUAAAAUUUGAAAGUGCAUCUUCGUUCUUAGUCUACAAACCUAUUGGAGGAGGAUUUAUCUGAAAAUGAAUUUUAUACUGAUAUUAGUUCUUAUAAUUCUGUGAAUAUUUAAUUAAUUAUUAUAUGCAAUUUUAUAUAACUGAGUGUUCAAAAUAAAUAGUGAAUACAAAUUUUUAAGAGGCUGGACAUACUCGCAAUUUGCACCAUGGAUAUAGAUUACUGUUAUAAGUGGUAUAUUUGAAAGAUAUUAUACAUAAUGUAAUAUAGUUUAUAUACUAAGAGUGAAAAUAAAAUAUUGUAGAUGAAGUCAGAAAUGAGUUCAGAAAGCCAGUAAGGUUGUUGUUUCCUUGGAGCCAAGGUAAUCCAGAAAUCGGAGUAUCUUUAUUAACCGAAAAUGUUUUUGAGUAAAAAUAUAAUAAUAUAUUUAGGAUAUUAAAUUAAAACCGUGGGUAUUCGAUCAUUGAUGUUCAGGUUGUUGGAAAUUAAAUUUUAAAUUGAUAUAGUGUUUCAACCCUAUCAAACAGUUUUUGUAGAUUUUAUAUCACAUACAACAGUAUUUUAUUAUAUGUCUAUUAUAAUUUUGAAAAGUUGGUUUUCUUUUUUGGUGAAAUUCUCAGCGCUACAUUAUAUUCGGAAAUAAUUAUAUUAUUUGAUUGUUAAUUCUCAUAAUGUUUUUACUUAUAUACAAAAACUGGAUCUCAAGAUUAUUUUAUAUUUUGAUAUUGAAUAAAAAUAUGACACCCUUGGAAAUAAAUAAUAACAAUUCCGCUGUAGGCCUAAGGCUUACACCCAAACCGGCACUGAAUAUAAUAUAUUAAACAAAAAUAUUAUAAUUGGAUGUAGGCAUGGAAAUAAUUACUGCGUUUGAUCAGCGUUUGGAUUUUAGAUUGGUAUGCAAAUUUUAAUCACGAAAUUAUAAAAAAAAACUAUACAUAUAAUUUUAAGCAUAAAAUCCUAUUUUGUAAACUGUAGUAACCAAAUCCUAAAAUAUAAAUGCAUAUAUUAUAAGUCUAAUAUUUUUUGGUACGUCCAAAUUGUAUGCCAAAAAAAAAAAAAAUCCUCGAAUUGCAUAUUAUACUUCAAAAGGGUCUGACCAAAUUGCAUGUAAUUUUAAUAAUAUUUUACUUGGUCUUUCGAAAAUGCUCAUCUAAUCCUAAUUUUUCACCUUUUAGAUUCUUACAUAAUUGUCGCAUAUUUAACUUUUGUUGAUCGUGUUUAUCAGGAUUGUGAUUUAUUUUAUCAAAUAUAAUUUUAUGUUUACUAGAUAUUUAAUUUAAUAUAUGUUUUAGACAACUGUUUUUAGUAUGCCUACCUCUCAACAUUAUUGCACACGUAUUUUUGAAAAUAAUAUUAUAUUUCUAUUUGGUAGUUAACAACUAUACAAUUUUUAUAUUUUUUUACUUUUUUAUAUGCUUAAAAAUGACUUUAUACAUAUCGUAAUUGUAAUUAAAUAACCAGCUAAUUUAUUUUUAUUUUAUCGUGGUCGGUAUAUGGAAUUCGGACAUUUGAAAAAUUCAUUCAAUAUGUAGUAUAGGAUUCGGAAAUUUAAAUGUAUAUCAUUUUUUUUUUUCAAUUAAAUUUAAAAGCAUGUAUAUUUUUAUACCCGAUCCAUGAUAAAAUAGAAUCCCUCUGUAUAGAAUUAUGUGACACGAAUAGGUAUAGCAAUUCAAAUUUCGUUAUUCAUUGCCUUUAUGUAGGUCAAAUUUUGCCAAUGUAAGUGUUAGGUUUUUUUUUCAAAUAGGUUAUUAUAUUAGUGCUUAAUAGUAGUUUAAAUUAGAUAAUUUUUAGUAUUUUUUAUACCUAUAUAUGAAUAUAAUAAGAUAGGAUAGGAUGGUUACCAUUUUAAUCAACCUUAAUUUCAAUUGAAAUAUUUGAAUAGCUAAUACUAAUACCAAUACCUAACCUAGCUAAUAGUAUGUACGGAUGACUCAUACUUCGUUCUAUUAAGUGUAAGAGGUUUAUAAUAAUAUUAAAAAAAUAACCUCAUAAUAGUAAAAAUAAAUUAUGGAUUAAGGAGGUAAAACCAAUUUAUUGAGAGACUGCAUAACGUUAAAACUGACAUAAUAAUAAUAUAAUGACAGAGAGUCGAUGGCUGCAGCAUAGACGGUAGAUAUAGCAGGGGAGUUAGUAUUAGUGUCAGCUUCAUCCUAAAAGUAUAAUUAUUUAUCCAGUAGUACACUUAUACAGAAUUCGUCAAAAUACUAUAGGGGCUAAAAUAUUAAAAUAAUAUGGAAUUUUCGUAUAAUAAUAAUAUAGGAAACAAAAUCAAUAAAAAGCUGUCUACCAAAUGACGACCUCGUUUUUGUAUUGAAUUGUGAUGUAGUCUACUAUAAUAAUAAUAUAUAAUAUAUAUAUAUACUGAAAUAUAUUCAGAAUACGAUUUUUCAAAUAUUUUCAACUAUUAUUUAUGUAAAAUAUGAUUCGACAUAAUAUUGCAAUAUAAUGAAAUAUGAUAAUAUAGUAAUUCAAUUUAUACAUUAAAUUAUUAUUAUUUGCAAUCUCCAAAUUUAAUAUUAUGAUCUGUCUUUGAAAAUACAUAAUUCUGUAAAAAUAAUUUAAUAUUAAAACCAAUUGUACUGAAUACUACAACAUAGAUAAUAUACUUAAUAACAUUUUCAUUGUAACAAUUAAUAACUGAAUGAGAUAUAAACGACGUGAACUAUUUCCACUAAAAUUAUCGUUUCUUUUUUUUACAAACCGUGUUCCUUGAUAUUUUCACAUUUUACAUUCACAUUACUUAAUGCAUUGUCAGAUACGGACAAAUAAAUAAGUAUAAGUUUAGUUUUGUCAUUUUUAUUCCGUUUUAUUUAAACCCGUGAUGUCUUUUAGGUUAACACUUAAGAUUUUAAAUAACUUUUAGAAAGAAGUAUCAGGUUUGGAUCAAUAAUGUUUUUCAUCGAUUUCAUCUUAAUAGUAACCGUUUUAAUUGUCAAACAAAAUAAAUAAUAAUUUGUAAUUCUUAGGUAAAUGGUUUGCUUGUGGUGUCUCCAAAGAAUAAAUAAAACCCACUUGUAGUAAAAAUAGUUAUCAUUUGACAGUUUUAUCACUUGUAUUACGAUUGCAAUUGCCUAUGGUAGUUUACUGAAUGUAAAUUUUAAAACCCCUUAUCUAAAAAUUAAAAUUGCUAUUACUACGAAACUAUUCAUCGGCAAUGUAUUCAAUAUUCAUGUUAAAUUUAAAUGUUUAGAUUGUUUAAAAUAAUAUCUAACACAAAUCAGAUAUUUUAAAAAUUUAAAAAUGUGAACAGAAAAAGUUAUUUUUUUCUGUUGAUUAAGGGGUGAAUAUUUAAUUUUCUCUAAACAUGUCUUUCAAAAGAAAAUCUGAUUGAAAAAAAAAAUUUAAUUAUUAACAGAAUUAUUAAUACUCGGAAAACAUCAUAGGACACACCUUACAUAAAAAAUUUAAUUAAGCUACUAACAGGUUCAGUGGAAAACGGUAAUGAGUAUAGUUAAUGAAAAAGGGAAAGGUGCAAAGGUGUUUACUACUUAGAUAUUGGGUAUUUUUUAUUUUUUUUUUUGCUAAGAGCCUCAAAAAAAUAUUUGCCGAUUGAUUUGUCCGAAGAUUGGCAUCCGAAAGUCUAAAUUCGGCACUGUAUCCAGUUACACUCAUAAACUGGCACGAUUGGUGUUCGAAAUGUAGAUAUCUAUCUUUUAAAGCAAACGAAAUAUCGCCAAUAUCAAUUUUAAAAAACCAUUAUACCUAUCUAAAAUAUACCAUUUUCAUAAUAAUUUACAAACACAAAACGUGCGAUGGUAUUCAUUAUUGCAUUAGAUGCGUUUUGUGUAAACAAAAAUUUUAGAUAUAUAAGUAACUGAUAAAAUUAUGUUACUAUACACAAAUCUCCGCUAAGAAUUUUUUUUUUUUUACACCCACUCCCUAGGUAUAAAAAAAGUAUUAUAUAAACUGAAAAUAAUGAAAUGCGCAUAAGACUAAUACUAAUAUUUUUGAUUUCUGAAUCUAUAUGUAUAAAUCUUUAUUAUAUACGAUAAUACGCAAUAUGGUAACGAGUCUAAAGUACAAAAUAUCACCGAUAAUAUCGAUAUAAUGGUGAAUUUCCUGUUCCAAUUUGUAAUAAUAUAUUAAAAUAUUUCAAAUCGAUGUUGUCUUUCCCUACUUAAAUUGUAAAUGUAUAUAAACCGCAUGCGGCCAAAACAUAGCUGUUUUACGAACCAUAAUAAUGUAGUGAAUGCAUUCACUUAUAUGUAACGUAUAGAAUAGUUUAUAUACCCAACGACAAUAACUAUUGGAUUUUAUAUUUUACAUUUUAGGCCCAAAAAUCAAAUAAUAUAAUUAGAGCGGUACAUUAUCAAUAAUAACUAGAUUGGUCAUAAUUAUAUAGAGAGUUCAUUAAUAUUAUUAGUUUGUAUAAAUUAAAGGUAAACGGUCGUACAAAAACACAACCGAAUUAUACCAAUGAAAUUGUUCACUCGCCGGAUUGAUCGAUGUAAUUUUCUUUUAGACAACAAAUUCUGUUAAUGAGCGUAAAAAACUGAUAUCAAUAAUACCACAUCCGAAAGCGAGAGAAAUAAAUUCAAAUAGCAGUGAAACAAUAUUCCACAAAUUUAAACAUUUCAGUUUGAUCAAAUAUUACUCGAGGAUAUUAUAGAUUUUCAACAUUCAUAAUGUUUUAUUUUUCGUAUUAUAUUGUAUAUAACGUCACCUACAUGUAUAAAAUGUAAAAUAUUUAAUAAGUUAAUGUAUUAAAAUAUUCUGUUUCCAUAAUAUUUAAUUCGAAAAUACUUGAUAAUCAAAUAAAAAUUAUAUUUAAUAAACUAUUUAAAAAGGUUUUUAGUACAAAAUGUUAAGUUUGAAUGUAGAUACUAUAUUUUUUGUUUAAAUUAGUAUAUAUGUAACACGCUAUUUUUUGUGAAAUUUGCCUACUCAUGAAAUGAUUAGUUUUUUACCCACUUCAUAAAAUGGCCAAGUUAGUUGCUUAAUUCAUAAAAGUGCAAAAAAUUGUUCAUUUCAUGAAUUAGACUUUGAAAAUUUUUCCAUUUCAUUAACUGGCCACUGGUAGUGUUAAAGAAAACGUUUAAAAAAGAUUAUAUAUAAGCAGCCUGUGAAAAUUUCAAGUCCCUACGAUUACUUUUAACCGAAUUACAAAACAAAAUCGAAAAUAAUGAAAUCGAGAAUAAAGUUAACUGUUUUUCUAGGUUUUUCUCGGUUCUUCCCAAUAAUAAAAAUAAAACUAAAAGUAAAAUCUAAAAAAAUAACCCUUUUUAACACCGACUAGAGAAAUCUUUCUUUCAGAAAAAAUUAUUACUCCUAAAAUUUUGGAGCAAGAUUUUUUAUUAUAAAAAUUAAUUGGAAAAUCAAACAGUUACCUCAAUAAUGCACCAACUAUAGUUUCACAGUACAAAAUAAAAAAGGUCUCUUGAUAAAGGUCUAAUGAAUAUAUGUUUACAGUUAAAAAAAAACACACAUAAUAAAAGCAAAAACAAUUUUUCCAGUAGGUUCAAGUAUAUAUACAAUAUUAAAUAUCUUCGGUUUUUUAUUAUUUUUUCAAUUACAAACAGUGCUUAUCUACUAAAAACAAAACUAGGCAUUUUUUCUUUCGGUGAUAAAAAAUACUAUACAUCUUAUAAGAUGCUCCUCGCCCCUUUCUGGUCUUAGUUCAAAUGUAAAACGAGUAUCGACUCAUUUCACAUUUUGUCAUUAUGUUAAUAAUGUAUUACAAUAUUUACUCACCUAUUUACUAUUACUACUAUUUUUCUUUUAGUUCUUUAAUAAUAUACUGACAAAUUAAAUUAAAGAAACAUCAGUUCUAUCAGUAUAUUAAAUAAAUAAAAAUACGCGAAAACGCAUCUGUACAUUUUACGCCGGAGAUAAACACUGCUUCCUCUCUUGUUACAUUCUAGCAUCUAACAGUAGAAAAAUUAUAUUUUAAAUUCUCAAAUCGUAGCAACUCUUCUGGCCAUACUUAUUAUUAGAAAGUGCUAUUUCAGAUUACUAUUCAAAAUGUAUUUUACACUUGGAUAAACUUGGAGUUUUUAUGUAUAGAGGACUUCACUCUCUCUAUUAAGGAGCGUAGUAAUUUCAAGUUUUGAUGUGUAUACAGAAUUGUUCGAUAAGAUAAAUAAUUUACUGAUUUAUGUCCAACAAGACUUCCCUAUAAUUUAUUUGAUAUAUUUCUUUGAAAAAAAAAGAAUUGUACAUUCAUUAAAACAUAGAUAUACAAAAAAACUAGUGGGUAUCUCUAUAUGUAGUACCGUAACUACCCUCAGUGACGCCCUUGACAAAUUUUAUAUACUGCAGCUCGUUAGCGCAAAAAGGGAGAGAGUAUUACUUCCAAAACACAGCUACCCCCAAAUCAAGUCCUUAUCAAUUAAUACUUAAUAUAUAUAAUCAAUAUUAUGAAGGCUUAACCCCUUAAAAGUUGCUGGACUCUUGGACCUUUAGUGUCUAAAAAGUGUUUAAAAUAGCAUGUAUUAUAUAAUUAUCAAUUUUAAUACUACUUAUUAAUAUUGAUUUUUUUUUUUAAUACUCCAUUAUUAACUCAAUAUUUUUACAAAAUGCAAUUUAAUUACAAUCGCCACCGAAUUUUACAUUAAAAAUAUUACCACCGUAUGGAGUACGUUCCAAAAAGUAUUUGAUACAUUUUAUUUUUUUGGAAAUACUUGAAAAGUAUAAGUCUAGUCAGAUUACGCUAUUUUGUAUCUUUUAUUAUGAGAUUGUGGUAAGUUUAACUUAAAAUAAAAUAAAAUUGUUUUAAUUUUAGCCAAAAUUCCUUGUCAAACUCAAAAAUGACUUAUUAUAAAAAUUGUACAAAUAAUAAAUACUAAUCAAUAAGCAUCAUCAAGUCCCUAUGCAGUGUGUCCUUCCAUGUUCGACGGAUUUUUCUUGAGCUGUUAAUAUUACAUUUUUUUCAAUCGGUUUUUCUUCGAGGGGGACAUCGAUUUGGAAAAAAUUACAUUUAUAUUUUCAUUCCCUAAACAUCAAAAAAAAAAAAAACAUUUUAUUUAUUCACUUUAGAAAAUUUUCAAAAUAACCAUUCUGUAAAAAAUAUUAUCCUACAAAUUUUAACGUAUCAUGCGUUUACAUAUUCGAUUAAUAGUUUCUUAUAAAAAGCCGUUUUAAUUUCUAAAAAAUAGGUGUGGAAAUAAUUAGAUAGAAAACAAUAGAAGGUAAAGAAUUACCAUGGUGAUUGUAAUCGCAUAACGUGUUAUUUUAUUGAAAAUUAAUUGUUUUAAGAUAUUAUUCAUUGGAUAUGAAUGUGUGAUACAUUAAAAUGUUUAGAAUAAUAUUUUUUAUAAAUUAGCUAUUUUGAAAAUUGUCUAAAAUUAAUAAAAUUAAGGUAUUUUUUAUUUUUUUUUUUUUGUCAUCGUGAGAUGAAAAUAAAAAUUUAAUUUUUCUCUAAAUUGACUAUCAAAUACAAACCCUUCAAAGACAAACCGAUUGAAAAAAAAAAAUCGAAAAAAAAGUAAUAUUAACAGCACUAGAAUAAUCCGUUGAACACAAUGGGAUACACUAUACAUUAAAUAAUUUUAGGAUUCCGAUGCUUAGUAGAAAGUUCAAUUACCUACUAAAAAUUCAUCCAAUCAUAAUUUAUACCUACUAUAAUUUAACCAAAUUUUUUGACCAAUUUGCUGCGUCUUAGCAACUGCCUAUUUCGCCAAUCAUUAAUUUUACGGCACUGCCAGUACGCAGUGUAUUUUCCGAUCACGAACAAAUAUUUUUCGAGAUUAAAAUCGAUUCGAUUAUACGAACCGUUCAGUCAGAGAGUCCAUAAAACUUCUGUUAAGGUUGAAGUUGUAUUUUUUUUAAUUUUUUUUUUUUUUUGAUAAUAUUGUUGCGUUUUGGGACUUGACCCGAACGACGCUCAACGCCCUCGACGAAAUGUUAUACAUUUUAUUACAUUCUAUUUGCAGUAGCGACUGCGUUUCGCGUUUCUCGCCAAAGUUUUGGAGAAAAAUAACGAAAAAUAUUCGAUUUUUUCUUCGUAUCAAUGCUCUCUCUACAAUAACCGAGUAGUUACUAUACUCACUUACCCUUUAAUUGCGGACAUCGUGUAUUGUUAUAUUUAUAUAGAUACUUCUCCAAAAUAUUCUUGCUCAUAUUGUUUUGUCCUUUUUACUAUAUUAUCUACUUUAUAGUUUGUUAUUACUUUAAAAUAUAGUUCUAUAUACAUAUAUAUUAUAAUCAUUAGUACACGUAUCGUAUUAACGGAAUUAAUUUAAUAUUUGUUUACUUUUCCGGAUUAUUAAUAAGAGCGUAGAACUAUGCGUGCUAUGACAGCCAUGUAGUGCAGGGUUCUCGAGCCCACGAAGAGGGUAAAAUAAUAGACAACACUCGUUAAAAGUUAUCAAUAUCACAGCUACAUUUCAAAAAACAAAAAAUUAAAAAAUACAUAACUAUAAUCAAGUAGGUAAACAUUAUGUGUGCGUAUUUUUUUAGCGUAUUUAACGCCGAUAUUUAAACAAUUUUUUCUUGACUGUAAAACUCGAGCUCACAUAUUGCAUACUUAAGGAAUAUUUAAUUUCGACUUGCAUAUAAUUUAUACAGAUAUACGAUUAUUUUGAAAUCACUAAUGUAUUAUCAAUUAAAAUAAAACUGAUUAGUUCUUAUUGAGUAGGUAUAUACCUACAUAAAUAUUUAAAAAGGUCUUAAGCUUGAAAUAACUAAAAAAAAAAGAUCCAGACAAAUAUACAUUUUUUAUUAAACGUUAAAUUUAUCUAUCUCUAAAAAGUAAAUAUGCAUUUACCUUUAUGGACCAAACAUUUUUCUAUUACAUUAUGCAAUACAUUAUCUAAAUGACCGUGAUUAAAGCCAAAAGUAACGCAAUUCUCAUAAAAAAAACUGUGCGGGUACCUGGUACACAUAAUAUUUAUAUAUAUAUUUAUUAUAAAUACGUACAUAUUAAUUGGUUAAUGGCAUUUUUCAAAAGAUUUUUCUUGUAGAUAUGAAUAAUCGUGUGUGUGUCUGUAUAUGUGUAUGCACGUGCAUGUUAAAGUUUUUUUUUUAUAUGUAGGUACCUACCUAUUGAAAUAUUGCAGUUAUAUACAACCGACGGUUAAUUAUAAUCAAAACAAAUCGAUGGAACGCAGAUAUCUGGGUUAUAUUGAUUUUUCAGAGUUCUAUCAUAUAUUUAUACAAGUUGUCUGGUCGUGGUUGUCGCCGUCAAUAAUGAUUAUUUGUAAUUACUGUUAAUUUUUAACAUACUGAUUUUUUCAAACUACCACUACUAUAAUAUUGUCACGAAUCGUGAUAUUAUUAUAUCAUUAACACCGACACCAUGCUUAUUUUGAAAUGGCUACCGUCAAUAAUAUUAUAAUUUUAUACAGAUAUACAAUUUUUAAAUGAGCUAAUAAAACUCUAAAGAAUAAUCAAAAUAAAAAAUGUAAAAUGUAUUAUAAAUAAAACAUAGUUAUAAUAAUGCGCGUUUAAAGUUUAAACUUUUGGAGACAGUAGCGAAACGAUCCGAAAAUAAUCCAAAAGCAACCAAUAAUCUAUAUUGUACUCAACCACCAAUAUUCUCCAAUAUUUUUACUGAAUUAAUAAUAAACGAGUACCUAUUAAUAUUUAGUUAUUUUUAAAUUGAGAACCCACCAACUCCUAAAUCUAAAAAAAAAGUAGAGAAAUACAUAUGGAACCAUCUCCAUGCGUUUUAUUAAGAUAUUUUUAUUUUUAUGUAAUACUAUGUAAUACUUUUAUCCUCGGAAAUACGACCGUUUUGAGUGGGUCACAAGGGGCUUAAUUUCACAGUUUUCUGUUAUUAUUUUCAAAUACAAGACAACACAAUAAAUCAUAUUGAAUUCUAGAAACGUGGGACUAAAUUCACGUCAUUAUUGUGGAGCUAUAUAUUUAGCUGAAUUUAGAAUACGCCAUAUAAAUAAGUUACUACAUGAAAAUAUACUACCCGUUAGUACAUAUAAUUCAUAUGAAAUUAACAAUUUAAUAUACAUUUUUGUAAAACGUAAAUAUGCAAAAAUGAUGUUUAAAAUGAAAAUUUGAAUCCAUCAUUGGACUCGCUCACAACAAACCUACCAAAAGUAGCUCUAAAGUUCUAUCGGCAAAAACUCCUAAAAAAGUGAUCGAAUUAUAGAAAAAAAGCUUACAAAACCAAAAAAAAAAUAAUAAGUUUCAGUUUCAAGGUGUUUGCAGUUAAAAUUACACGAAUCGUAUUACGUAGCUUCUAUUAGAAUGAAUUUUCCUAGAGCUCUCUCCAAAACAAUGAACCAGGGAUUGAAAUUCGUUAUUAAACUUUGUAUACCGAAUCAAGAGAGAAAUCCGAUAUCAUCGUCGAAUUCAUAUUAUCUAUAAUGAAAUUUUUCUUGGUUUCAAUAAUAUUAUCGUUCUUAAACAUUCGUCAUCAUUCUCGAUUCUGGGCGUGUGCUAACGUUCUCUAAACUUGAAACGAGCCAUAGACGCUAACGAAAUCUUCUUUGAUUGCUUAUCACAAAUGUGUAUUAAUAACAUGAUCUCAAUGAUAAUAAUAAUAAAAUGUUAGUUUCCCUAUUGAGUGUUUUUCAUUGUUGGUUCAAAUCUGAUAACACUCGAGGAAGCUAUAAAAGUAUCUUAAGUGAAAACUUAAAACCUACUACCUACCUAGUCGAUGAAAAACCACUACGAGUUUAGACAACGCAAAGGAGAAAUAGAAAAACUUGAUCUAAGAAUACCUGUUACUUGUUUGUCUAAACCUGAAUGAUCUACGGAAUUUAAUGUCCCAUAGGUGUAAACCUAAAACCUAGUUGAUAAGAACCACGGAAGGUUUAGAUAAAAUGGGAGGAAAAACCGCAACGAAUUUAAUCUGUGACAGGUUGAAUCGAACCUGACAACAUAUUAAUCAUACCUAAUAUUCAGGACGCCGCGUUUUCAGAUGUCAUAUUAAUAAAUGGAUUGCGCUGAAGGAAGGAGAAAACAGGGAACCGAUAUUGAGUGAGAGGGAUAGUGCAGCUAGUACUGCGAGUUAAGAACAAGUCAUAGAACAAAAUGACAAAUGAUUCAAUAUGUUUAUUUACAUUAUGGAAUCGUCAUUAUACGUAUUUAUCAACUCGAUCUACAAUCGUGUUAUGAAUAGGGUAGGGACAGUAGUUUGAACACGAUAAGGAUAAAGGAUAGGUUCGGUCGGAUAUUUCUAUACCUAUAUUAAAAUUUGUAAUAUUUGAAUACUAACUACUACAGCAGUGCCUAAGAGGGUGCGAGACAGAUAUCAGAGUGGCGCCAAUGAAAAUGCUUAAAGUUCUGAAAUUUAAUAUUUUCACAAUAAACGUAUGAGUGAAUGCUGACGGAUGCUCUAGUUACGAUGACAUUUUUUUCUUUUUCUUUUGCUUAUCGGUACAUUUUUCUGGCACCGGGCAUUGAUUUUGUUAGGCACGACAAUGUAGAUAACGGCACGAAAACAGUUCUUAUCAUUUUCGGACAAUUGCUCGUCGCUACUAUGGAUAUUCACAACCAGUUCCACGGCGGCGUAAUCAAAAUAUAGAAGUAUUUCAACCGUGAUCGUCUCCCCGACUAUAUCGCUGUCUUCUUCUCGUUCGGUGUCGUUCACGGACAUCGGAGUCGGGAGUAGGGGGAAGCGCAGUCUAUUAAAUAAUAUUAUUACGUUAUCAAUACGGUUUUAAGGCCGAUGGGUCCGGAGAUGCGCCUGACAUAUGUUUAAAAAGACUUAACCGGCUGAUUAUGACCGGGAGAUUUCGGCGUCCCCGAGUCCGCGGCUCGUUUCGAAUGCAGGGAACGUUAAUUCGCGGCCGGGGCGCCGCCGCCGGGUCAAUACAGCUACGCGCUCUGUAGUGCGUAUACAUCGUACACCCGCGCAAUCGGCGUGUAUAUAUAUAUAUAUAAAUAAUAUGAUAUCGAAAUAAAAUAAUAUACGGGCCCGAAAUACGGGAAUAUAACGAUGACGUAUACACGUAUAUGGCGAUGACGAUGGCGAUGAUGAUUGUUAUUAUUACUGUACACCGGUGUUGUACACUGUGCAUAACAUACGCUUUAUGUUAUAAAAUAUACGGUUAAAUUAUCAUUUCGGACGGCAGCCGCCGAUCGUCGGAUUACAUCGAAUGAUUCGGAUGUAUCCAGACGGAUUACGCGGCUCGCGCGGAAAUAUUACAGCGAAAUACUAAAUACGCUCUGCGGCACGCGUACUGUAUUACAUAAUUUACAAUAUGAUACGCCGGCGUUUAUCCCGUAAUCCCCCGUGGCUUUAUGUUAUUAUCAGCGACGGGGCAGUUGCAUAAUAAUAAUAAUAAUAAUAAUAAUAAUAAUAUACAAAUAACGACGACACAAUAUUUUAUAAUAUCACAUCGCCGUCGCCGUCGUACUUGUUGUUAUAAGCUCUUCUCGACGGCCGCCGGGACGGAGGGCGAGACCGUCUCUACACAGACGGUUUCGGCCUCCCCGCCGCCGAAACAAUAAAGCGAAUCCUCGCGUUCGCCGACGGCGCGGCGGCGACGGCGCUAAUUACCGAGCAUUAUUGUUGCAGCCCGUCAUCGCAGCCUCCGAUGAUUACAAGUUAUAUCGUAGGUACGAUUAAUAAUUAUAAUAAUGAUACGGUACACACUCCGGUGGGUACACUCUGCGCAGUGCUGUAACAACAUUCUGUAGGUAUAUUAUGGUAAGUCGGCAUUAUUUACCGUUGUCGCUAUCGCCGCCGCCGAAUGCCGGAAGGACGUGGCGGCGACGGGGGAUUAGUGAAUAUCGGAAUCGAACGGUUUCGCGUACAACCGUUCCGCGCGGUAAACAAACGUCCGGGCGAUUCGUAUACCUACAUAGUGUCCUCUCCUUAUGAUAAUAAUAUCGUAUAAAUUCGAAAAUCAUUAUCGUCAUAGGUGUCGGCGAACUACGCACGCGUGUAGACCAGUGUACAUCACGUCGAUUGGGUAUUUUAGAUUCUGAGCGGAGCGAUAGAAAUGCAUCUAUUGGUUUUACAAUAAUGGCUUUUUUUUUUUUUUUUUUCCGUGGACAACUUCUCUACCAGCGUUUUCACUCCGAUUUAUAAUAUUUACAAUUAAAGUACUUUUUCCGAAAGGAAAUCUGACUGAGGUGGUCCUUUAAGUAGAUUGUUUUUUGAUAUUCCCGGGAGUUUUCAUAUUAAAUGGGAAAAACCGGGGGAAAAACGGGAAAACGUACGAAAUGUACGAUAUUCAAAUCGUAAAGGUUAGGUUAGCGCAGCAUUCACUACCAAAAGCUGGCCAGUCCCUGUAUACGUAUUGUUUAAUCAUGAGAUUUUGCCUCUGGCGAUUUUUUUUCCACGAAGUUUGUUAAGUAAUAUUAUGUUUUAUUAAUUUUAUUUUAAGAUUCUUAGUGUGGAGCGAGAAAGUUACAACUUUUUAAUCCUAAAGUUUCGUUAGAGUAUACCUUAUUAUAAUAUUUUGUUGACCGAUCUUAUUUUUAGAUUUUGAGAGUAGCGUAGUGUAUUAGAUUUACUAUGUUGCUUUUAUUUAUUUUUUUUUAAAUUUCUGUCUGUAAAUAAAUUUCCACCAAAAAUCUUGCACCAAUCAAAAUAUGACAAGAGACCUUUUAUUGCACUUUUGGACCUGUAGGUGUACUGAGGAGGUAAUUUAUUGAUUCUUUUAUAUGGUCUUCAUAAUAAUUGGGCAAAAUCGGAAAAAUGUUUUCCGUUGUUUAAUCGGUUAAAAAUAUUUGUAGAAAACUAAAAUUUUCUGAAACUACAUUAGUUAGCCUUUUCUGGGCGUGGUAUAGUUUUAAAAAUUUUCUAGACAUUUUUUAAACUAAGCAUUUGACAUUAUCUAUAUAUUUUUAUUUUUAUUUGGUUUACUGUGGAUAAAAUGAUGUGACCAAACAGAAAUUCUUGGAAAUUAAAUACAAGGUUCGUUAUAAAUUUAACUAGGUAAGUGAUAAAAAAAAAGUAAAACUUAAUGUUGUAAUUUUUUUUAUAAGCGUUUUAAGAUAAAAUAUUUACGAAAAUCAUAAAAAUUACGAUAUAUAAUCGAACUUUUCUUAAAAUCUUCCUUAGUUAACAAUAAUAGUUAUAGCAACAAUUACAAAUAAAAUUACUCUAUUUACCUUCUCAACUUUCCACCUAUAACAGUGGUAUAUGCAUCAGCUCUUUUUAUUACAUUAUUAGGUAUGUUUGAAACUCGAUAGAAGCUAAUUUAUUAUUAUUGUGCAUAUAGGUAUCUAAAAUAUACGCUAUAAACUCAAAACUAUAUUGCGCUUUUUUUUUUUUUAAAAAUCAUUAUUUGACUGUUGAUGUAACAAAAAAACAAAUUUUUAAAAUAAGAAAUCAGAAUUAUUAAAUUCGUAAUUGUGGAUGGCUGAAUUUUAAUUUUUUUUAGCAUCCGAGAGAUUUUGUUAAAUCCUACGAUAUAUUUACCUAACUAUUUUAAAUACGUACAUAUAUAUAUAUAGGUACCUAGAAAGUAAAAUUAUUAUGUAUUUCACGUUUUUCUUAUGCAAACGACUUUCAUUUAAACGUGAAUAAAAUAUAAUGUUGAUACCUAAACACUUUAUAUAUAAAUGUAACAUGUAAUGAAACAACAGUAUAAAUACUAAAAAUAUAAUGAAAUAAUUUAAAUAAUUGUCUUGGUAGUUGGUGGUUGAUUUAAACACUUGAAUAUAGCGCUUAUUACAUUAUUACGGCAUACGAUUAGGUUAGGCCAGGUAACACAAAUAAUAAUUAAAAUAUAAUGAAAUAAUGAAAAAUCAAUUUAAAGAGAAUAACGAUAUCAUAAUAUUAUAUACGAGCACAGUGAAAUUUAUUUGUAUUUAAAACAAUUAAAUAACAAACGGUCAUUUUUGUUUUUAGAAACCAAAAUGAAAUGAAAAUACAAUAUUUCCAGAUAUAUUUGGAAAAGAAAUACUUAUUGAUAACUAUUAUAAGAUCCGUUUUAAAAAAUAUUAUAAACUGAAUAAUUUUAUACUUGUCACAACAAAUACAAUAGAAGUACUAUACCUUUAUCACCUUAAUGGCAAUAUACCUAUAUCUACACGUCACGGCGUGUCAGCCAAUUCAUAUUUUAUCAGCACUAAUGGAUAAAAAAUAAUAAAUUAAUCCAGUACAAAAGAUUGAUUGGAGUAUAAUAUUAUGUACAACAAAAUUAAACUCUAUAAUUUAAAAAGUAAUUAAAAUAGUUAUUUCGCAUGAAACAUUUUUUUUAACCGUCUAUGUAUACAAAUAUUUAAUGUCUAUGGUGCAUUCAUAACUUUUGUAUAAGGAUGAUUAUCAGUGGCAAAUAAUUUCCUUUUGAGAAAAUUGUUUUAAACGUAUACACCAAAUUGCAUAGGUACCUAUAUUAUGAAAAAAUAAAAAAAAAGACAAUAGUAUCGGACUCCAAAAUCCCCCCUACCCCUGUAAUAUAUGUGCCCUGAUACAAUUAAGUAUAUACCUAAACUGAAAUAAGUCGUUAAAAAUGAAUCAAACAUUUUAAGAAUUUGAAUAUUUAUAAAUAUUUAUAUAAAAAAAUAAAUAAGGAUUAAGGCGACAGUUUCCGCGUCAAAGAGAACAAACUAGUCACUAUUUAUCUUUGCUAUAUAGUGUUGUUUUUUUAUCUAGAUAUAGAUACAUAUUUAUUUUUAUAUUAUCUAAAUUAAUGAAAAAAAAAAUGAAUCAUCUAUAGGUAAUAAUGAAUAUAGAUACAAUUUUUUAAACCAUUAAUUGAAGGGCUUGGUGCAAUAACCCGAUUUUAAUGAUACGUUUAUAAGAAAUAAUAGAUAAUAUAUUUAAUUUAUACGACACGACCUUUUUGAAAUCUAGAUCAUUGAUGUGUACCACAUCUAGUACACAUUCACAAAUUUGAGUAUUUCAUUGUAUCAUUUAUGAUAGAUAUUAAAUAAAAUCAUAUCAUCAAAUCAAAAACAUAUCACUAUGUUAUUAUUAUUAUUGGUUGAAUUUUGGUAAUCGUGACGCGUAAAUCUGAAUAUUUUAAACCAUUGUAUACACCUACGCGUUUAUCAACAUUACCAAUGGUGCGUUGGCGUAGUGUGAUUAAAAGUUUCCUGAAUACAUUUGUUUAGUUCUAGAAAUAAGCGAAUAGUAAGGAAGAAAAUCAAGGCGACUGUUUUGGGUGAUUUUUAUAUUCUGUGCUAAGUGAUAAAUGUAUUAGUUUUACUAUGAUCUGUUAUUUUGUUUCAUGUAAAUUAACUACAUUUCUCCUAGAAAACUUGUUCCAAUUAAACUAUUUAUAGGAACUUUCAUUUAAUAUUAUUAAUCUAGUUUGUCCAUUGUACAAGGUUGUUUUUUGAUUUCUUUUCUAGAUUUCUUUUUGGGUUAUCUUAACAGCAAGGGAAAAAGUACGAAAAAUACUCUGCUCAAAAUAACUGACGUUAGCAAUGUUUUAUUGUGGCAUACAGAUAUAAAUUAAAUCACUCUAUUCUUUCUUCCAACUUUCCUCCUCAAACAGUGGUACACGCAUCAGUAGUAUCAGCUAUCAGCUGUUGCUACUAAUAUAUCACAAAAUUACACAUUAUUCUUAUAUUGAUACAAAGUUCAUUGGAUUAAGUUUUAUUCUUAAAUAGUUUCAAAUCGAGUGAAAUACUCGAAACGAUGAAUGUUACAUUUAAAUUGUCUGCUUCCUAUGAAUUAUUUCACAUUUUAACAGCGUCAUAAUAUAUCUCGUAUACAUGAUAUUGUUAUUAGUCUUUGUGUCAAGAAACACUAUCUACAAUAUAUUAGAAUAAUGUUUUUGCCAACCCGUUUAAUGCAAUUAAUGCAAUUUAGUACGGUAGUAAAAAUGACAAUAAAGGUUUACGUAUUAUGACUGGAAAUAUAUUUAUGUUCAUUCAUUUUUAAGUUAAUUUCUUUUUAAUUAAAAAUUUUAAUUAUAAAUCUCUGAGGAAAAAGCCAAUAUUUAUACCUUCAUAAAAAAAACGUUCACAAUUUUAAUUUCUAAUUUUUCCCCUUGAGGAUAUAAUUUUAUCAUAUAAUUUAUACAAAAAUAAAAUUCUCAUGUAGGCACUUAUUUCAUCGGUAUAGGUGGGUAGGUAACAUACGAUAAAAACGAAAUGUUAUAGAUUUAAUAUAACAAUUCUAAGAAUGCUUGAUAAAUAAAAAAAUAUUAUAAUACGGUCUUGUGAUUUUGUGCAGUAGAAAAUAAUUUUAUAGUUAAACUUGUUUUACUUUUGAACUAUAUUAUUGUAUCAGACCAGUUUAUAUUAAUUUUAUUUUAUUUUUUUUGCAUUUACGACAAAACGAAAAGGUUUAUGACCGAACUUAUAUUACAAAACAUGAAUAAAUUCAAAACUAAGGUUUCUUUUUUUUUUUUUUUUUAAUGCAAAAUAAAAUUGGAUAUACGUUUGGCAGGUACCUAUGUAUAAAACAUAUACAAUUUUAGAUUUAAUUUAAAUGCCCUAAAUAUUUUAGUUUGAAUUUAAAUUAAAUAUAAAGUAAAACUGUAUCGGCUUUCAUAUAUAAUUUAGAUUUAAUAAUAUAAUACCUAUAUUCAAUUUCGGAAUUGUAGUUUUACUAAACACUUGUUUUAUAAUUAAAACAAAACAUUAGAUUGGUCGAAUUUUAUUCAUACAAAUUAUAUUUAUAUUACCUAUACAUAUACUUUUUUAUUAUUUCAAUAAUAUAAUAAAAACAUUUGUUUUCAUUCGUUCCGAUACUCGACGAUUAUAUGAAUUGCAAAUUUUAAAUAUAGAUAUUUAUAUAUUUAUUCAACUAGGUAUUUAAACACUCUUAUUCAAAUAAUUUGAGUAUUUUAACUCUUGAUAUAAAUAACCAUUAAAAUAAUUUUACGAGAAUUUUAUACCUUAAAACAUAUAGAAAAAUCAAAUCUCAUUAAAUCACCGCAACUAGAUAAAAAUUGCUUUCAGAAAUAAUGCUACAUUUGGAAAUCGGAGCAAGAUUUUGGUAGAAAAUUUGUUUACAAUGAGAAAAAUAAUACCUCAGAAUCUAAAUAACUAAAUGGUUAUUUUUCAUUUAGUCUUAAUCUUUUAACAAUAUUUAAUUCUAUGAGCUUGAUUGCUUUCGUCUUUAAACUGUCUAUCUUCAUUUUGCCCAUGUCUUCAACGUUUUAUGUAUACUUGAUAUUUAUUUAUUUUAGUUUAAUAUAUUAGUUCUUAACUCAUUUUAGAUUCCGAGCAAAGCGAAGGAGCUAUGGGUUUUACUAAGAUUUUUUUUUUUUUUUCAUUUUUUUUUUGUAGUCUGUGGACACAUUUUUUCCUAGGAAACUUGCUAGGAUUUUUACAUGUAGUAACUUUUCAAAAAUCUCAAGUUGUCUAAAUGGUACUUAAAAGAAGCCAUUUAUAAAAACACGGACGACAUUUUCUAUCAGAAAAAAUGAUUUAAUCGAAAAAUCACAAGACUCCUUUUUUGUAUUACUUUCUUACGGUAUCAUCGCCGAAACUUUUGAACUUUUAAGGAAUUUUAAUUUUUGGGAGUUUUUUUGCUGUAAUUUAGUUAUAAAUACACGUAGAGACUUGAAACUAGGUAAUAAUACUUAUAUUGGACUUACCUAGACGUGGUAAAUUUUUUUUUUUAAAAGCGUUUUGAAUUAAAAUUAAAACAAAAAUCGCAAAAAAAAAUUACGGCACUUCAAAUUAUGUAUUACCGAACUGCGCUCGGAAUCGUCUUUCGUCAAGCAAUGGUUUAUUGUUGCGCACAGAUAUAAAUGAAAUAACUUUCUGUAUCCUACCUUCUUAACUUCUCACCUACAACAGUGGCCGCUCCCAUCUCCAGUAUUAGCUCUUUUUACUAAUUUAUUUACUUUCUAAAUUAUAAUAAUUAUAGGUUGAGUAAACACAAAAUAUGUUUUCAACUUAUUACAAUUAUUAUAGCAGUAAUAAUUCAUGUCAUAUAAUAAUUUAUAAUGUGAUGAUAAUAUGAUAUUAACUAUUUUAAUGAACCCAAACAUAAUUUAACUAUUUAAAGAAUAAUAGAAACCACCUCAUCGUGACACUCCCUCACUGAUGUUAAUAAUGGCCCUUUAUUAAAUGUAAUGUUUGAUAAAUAGAGUAGAAAAAUACUUAAGUAGUACUACAAUAAAUCAAUAAAUAAAUUUCAAACCUAAAUAAUAAUCACUGGCGUCUACAAAAUGGGUGAAGGUUAUAUCCCCAUUGGUUUCAAAUCAAAAAAACUAUGAGUAUUUAAUAAUUUUAUCUUGAAAUUAAAUGUUUUAGUCAAAUUACAAGAAAAUAGCUUGAUUUAUUGAAUAAAAAUCGGUUUCUUUGGAUGUGGCUUUAAAUUCUCAUUAUGAGGUUAAGUUUCAUGAUUAUUACUUACUAGAUCCCCUCCAUUAAAAAACAUUGAACAUGCCACUGAUAAUACUUAUACUGGCUGAGUCCCGUUCCCUUUUCUGUAAAUAUCGCUUCAUAUAAUUUUUAUAAAAUUCAUUAUGAAAUAAUAUUUUAUUCAAAGGAAAAGGUUACUUAUACACAUAAAUAAUUAAUAUGUAUACCUCAAUGUAAUUACAUUUUUUUUUUUUUACUUUGUUAUGAAAUGUACCUGCAUGACAUACAAGUUAAUUAAAAUAAUUCAACUGUUGAAGAGGUAUAUAUAGUUAGAUUAUAAUAUUAUAUAUUAGGUAUGUAAAUAUUAUAAUAGACAUAACAACGAUGUACCUACCUAUCAUUAUACUGUUAUAUUUAAGUGUAUAUAGUUGUAUACGGUCAUUUAAAUUUAUACGAGACUUAUACAUACGUGUAUAACAUUGUGAUUAAUAAUACAUACGUGCGAGAUUUUAUUAUAUUAUUAUGCUUUUUGUUAGUCUGGUUGGUUUUUCGUAAGGGGUACAUUUUCGGAAUUACGUGAAAAGAGGCGACAACGACGCGAGACGGCGCCGAAGAACUUUAACUAUAUAAAGCAAUACUAAAUUGAUUAGCAAUUAUUGUAGUAUACCUACAUAUAGACACAUAUAGUCAAGUUUACUUAGUGAAAUCUAUAUUUUAUUUUCUAUUAAAGAAAUGUCCGAAAUAUAAAAAAAAAAUAUUUAAAAACUCUCUAUUGUUAAUGAAAUUGACAAAUGAAUAUAUUUACAAUUAACAUAAAGGGUUAGACUUUCAAAUAUAUAUAUAUAUAGAUUUAAAUUAUAUUUUCUUCCAUUGCAUCAGCAUUAAAAACGUUCUUAUAUAUACACGAUAUGGUUUAGAUUCACGUUUUUAGAUUUUAUUUAGGUACACUUGUUAUUUAGAGAUUUACUUAUUAAAAAAAAAUAAAAAAGUACAGUUUGUAAAAAAUAUUUUUUUAAUAGAGUAAAACUUCCAUCAACGUUAAUUUAUUUUGGUCCCAUCAAGUGUUAUGCCUAGAAGAACACCUCUAAAGAACGGUCACCUCUAAAUAGCGGCCAUUAUUUCUGGUCCCUUUGGUGACCGUUAUAUAGCAAUUUCACUGUACAUAUUAAAAAAAAUUAUACGGCCAAAUCUAUGAAAUACAGAGAAUUUUUGAACAUAUUAUAGAACAUGAGGGUUUAAUAAGACCUGAAACGCGAAUUUUUGAAUUUCAAUUUUUAUAUGCCUGCUAACUAUUAAAUUUUACAGGAUUUUGUUUGUACGAUAGUUUAUUGAUUUAUAUUUAUUGUCACCUGUUCAGGUAACAACGUGGAAUUAUACGAGUGAAUAAAUUGGAAGUUGAAUAUUAAAAAACAUUAUGGUGGUUAGGGACGUCAUAAUAAUAAAGUUGAUAUUUUUAUUACCUAUAAUAUAAUAUAAAAUAAUAUAAAACUAUAUAAUAAUAUAAGGAACGGGGAUUUUCGACAUCAAAUGCUAUUCCUUGGGGAAAUAUAUUCUAUACGUCGUCUAAUAAAUUUCAAUCAUAACAAAAGAGAGAGAGAGCAAGGGAGUGAAAGAGACACAGAGAGAGUGAGUCCGAGGUAUAUAGAAGACAGGGAAACGAAAGAAAUAUGACGAAUUACUGCGGACAAGUUAUAUUUUUACUAAACGAAGAAAAAUUAAAUACAAUUAAAUAUCAACAAGAAGAAUAUACGAACACUUGAUUUCUUUAAAUGAAACGCAUAAUAUGCGUUUUUAAUAUUAAAUGAAAAAAAAUAUCUGUAUUUCAUAAAGAAAAAAUACAAUAUUUUAUUUCGUUUUAUAACUCGAAAUGUUCAAAAAUGUAUACAAUUAUGAAUUAUAUUGUACAUAUUAUGGCUACAAAUUAUGCAUCUUUAAAUGACAUUCGACAAACCACAUUAUACGCGGUUAAGGUUAGGGAUAUACAUUUCACUGGCUGCAGCAAAAUAUAAUAUUAAAACGUAGGUACAAACGAUAUGAACAUGUCAAUAAUUAUAGAUGUUUUCAGACGUAGUUUAAUAAUAUUAUAAUGUAUUCGUUUCGGUAUUAUCUCAGUGCAUUUUUUUUCCACACCAAAACGCGUUUGAACAGCUGUCGGAUCGCGGGCGUUCAAAUCAACGGCGUGUACUUAAAAACAACGUAUUGUAGGUUAAAUUCAUAAAACACCUAUAUCUCCUAUAAUACUUAUAUACAACAUAAAUAUAUGUUUCGUAUUUAGACAGUAGGCCGAUUAUAUAUUUUACAACGUGUACACAUAGAUAAUAUUUUAAUGAUAUGUGUACCUGUAUAGGUACUACCACACACUCGUGCUAAUAGGCUAACAUAUAUGCAUUACGACUAGCCCGGAGGGGAAGAAAAUUCGCAUAUUAUUUCAAAGUGACAAUAGUUGCUAUAGUUAGAAUAGAGCUUAUUUCACCUAAGCUCAUCCGUAUAAAAUAUAACAGAAACUUUCGAUGAAAGUUAUCCCUGCGAGGAACAGGUUAUACAUUGUUCAGUUUUACAAAUUAUUUGCAUUUUUUUUUUUAAAUUUUACAAUUAUUUUAAUAGUGUCUACCUUUAGUCACCAAGAAUUUUCUACUAAUCUAUAUAAAAAAAAGAUACGAUCGUUUUUAUUACGGAUGAACAAUAACUUUGCGAAAGAAAUACUCAUUGUAAAUUGUAAAAAAUAUUAAAAUUAUCUUUUUUUCAAAUCACAUAUUUUAAAGUUUGAGUUUAAAAUAUUGAAAAACAAAGGGCUGUAAGAAUAAGUUUUUCUUUUCCCAAAAAUAAUGAUGAAAAUCAGACCACUCUAAGAAGCAUGCAAGUUUUUCUCGUAAGAGAUUUUUUUGAACCAAAAAAUACAUUAGCACCGGGCCCCUUAAGUGUAUAUUGUUGAUAAGUCAGCAUCUGUUUUUUUUUUUUUACAAUACCUACCUAAAGUAAAAGAGAAAAUACAUUGCUUAAUAAUUAUCAGUAGUUUUUUUAGACGAUUUUAUAUUUCUAAAAAAGUGAACACUAUAUUAAUUGUAUAAUAAGUCUAUUUAUCGAUUUUUUCAAUACUUUUUUUAUUAAAGUAUACCUACCAUUUUGAUGAUAAAUCAUACAUUAUGAAUAUUAUUUUUUUUUUCUUCUCUUUUUUCACAUAUAUGGUUUUUAAUUAGAUAUCUCAGCGAUUAUUAAAUUUUCUAAUAAUUUAUGAAUAUCCAGAUAUAGAUCAAUGUAUAUUUAGAAAGUUAGAACAAAAAUAUGGUUUUCAUAAUUUCACCGCAGGUUCUCAACGUAAAUUUAUUGAAUCUCCAUUUUUAGAUUUGGUUAUUAUUUUCAUACACGUACGUAAGUAGUUUACCAAAACUGAUCUCUAUUUUCUACAACAUGAAAAUUGCAUUUUUCGAAAGUAAUCUUAGUUCAGACUUUUAUAAAAUACGAUAUGUAAUGAAACAUCGAUAUUAUAUUAGUGCUUCGUUUUCUGCAAUAUAACCAAGAGAGCCCUGAAGGUUGAAACGAAAAAAAAUAAAGAUAAGUCUGAAGUUCAAACGCCUAUAUUUAAAUCGAAAUUUUAAUAAAAUGAACUACCGAAUGUCCUAUCUAGAUAAAAUAAAACUCUACUCGAAACCCUCAUCUAAUGUUUUUUGACUGGAUCAAGAAUCUUCUUCUCAUAACCAAUACAGAAUUCUAAAACAAACAUCUCUGUAAGAUAGUGACGGGUUACCAAAUAAUAAAACUACAAGAUAUUCUUUUGGCAUUUUGAGAUUGUCUGAGUUGUAAUAUUUAAAGCUGCUCAGCUCUUAAAUCAGUAAUUUUUUCUUUGAAGCGUUUGAAUAAUACAUUUCUUAGAUAAAUGUAUAAAUAUUCAGAUAAAUUUCAUUGAGUUAUAAAAACAAACAAAAAAAGCUGUGCUAGGAUAAUGAGGACGGGUGCAGCCACUGUUAUAGGUGGGAAGUUGAAAAGAUAGGAUACAGAAGGGAAUUUAAUGUAUUUUUGUAAACAAGGAUAAAUCAUUGCUAACGAAAAAUAAAUUCUGAGCGCAGUUCAAUUAGUAGUGUUGCUUUGUCAACAAUACAAUAGUAUUGUUAUACAAUGGUAUAUGUAUAUUAUUAUAAAACGAUUACAACAUUAUGCGUUUCCAUGACAACAAUGAUUGUUAAAAAAAUAUUAAAAUUAUAAAAACUUAAUAAUAACAAAAAAUAAAUUAAAACGGUUGCUAAUGACAACCUUAUUUUUAAUUUUUUAAUCUUUUUUAACCUAAAGAACCAGGUUUUUCUUAUUAUCUUGAAUAUUAAUGAGAAUUUAAAAAAAUGCCCUCUCUAAAGUACCACCCAGAAAAUAUAAGUGUCUACAUUGUAUACAUCGAAGUAAACUUUCUGUUAGAAAAAGUAUUCACGUAAAAAAAAAAUUAAACAUCUUUGUAAAACCAAUAUAUUCUUCGCUACUCACAGAAUCUAAAACAAAAACAAUUAACCAAAUCGAUCGAUGUAGCCUCUUCUAUAGAUCAUGUAAAUGUCUAUUAACGACGUUUGUUAUAAAUGUGGUGUCUAACAAUAUAAUGUUUAUUGAUAUUAUAUUUUGUGUUAAUUUCGUUAAAACUAUCAUUUAUUUUAAACCAUUUCGUCUUUUAUUGAACAAUUUUCAACAUAUUUUUAACAUACGAGGGCUAAUCAAAAAGUAUCGAGACUGAUAAUAUUACUCGGAAACCGAGCGUUGAAGAGCAAAACGAUCUGUAAACCUAGUUUCUUUGACUUAUACUGAGCACAUCUAUUCGUAUAAAAUCUCUAUAAACUUCUUCGUUUUGAUUUGACGAUAUUUUUCUAAAAUUNCAUUUAAUGGCAAAAACCAUGAAAUGUUGCAUCCCUCUGAAACUGGAAAAAAAUGCAGACAAAUUUUCUAAAAUCUCCAAAUCUGUCAAGUUACUCUUCUUUUGGGUUUAUUACAAAAUCGCCAAACUCGAAAAAUAUAUUUUACAAAAAUAUCAGUGAAAUCAAACCGAAGAGUUUUAUAGAGAAGCAAUAAAAACAAAUGUACUCAGAAAAAGGCAUAGAAGAAAGUGAUACCAGUCCUACUGCUCUUCGAUGCUCCUUUUCCGAAUGAUACUACCAGUCUUGAUACUUUUUGAUUAGCCCUCGUAUAUAUAAGUAUUUUCAUCGACUGGCAAACAAAAAAUGUAUUUUGGCUUAUCGAGUUUUGCUUGAUAACUUGCUAGCCCAGUCCAGCCCUGCUCUCGGGGAUGGUGACUUUAGAUUACUGGUGUAUUGGUGUCACAGGACACUUAACUUUUUUUCAAAGCCUUUUUAAGUUUUAAACCCCCUAAAAAGAAAAGAAAAUUAGCAAAUUAGUGGAUACUUUUUUAACUGUAUGUGUUCUUGAAAUUCCUUUGUGUGAUAUUAGUGUAAGGUAAUAAAACCUCCGAAAGAAGUUUAUUUUAUCAAGUACCUUUAUCUCAACAUCUGGUACCGAUGUGCUAUAAAUGUAUUAUGUUUCUUUGAAAUUAAAUUAUGUAAGAGGUACAAAAUUAUUUGUUUAACAGAUUUCUUAAAAAUGUACUAAUAAUGAGUAAUAACAAGAAAUGUUUUUAACAGCAAUGAAUUGAAAUAUGUAUAAAGUAGAUAGGUAAUAAUAAUUAAUAAGUGACGAAUAAAAUCACAAUGCUUAAUAGAUACAAAUUAAUUCCUCGAGAUUUUUCAGAGUACGACGUUCAAAACCCAUUAUGAAUUAUAAUAACACACCACAGUAUAACUAAUUUUAUACGUGUAAUAAGUAUAAAUAUUAUAAUAUAUGAGUAUCAUACGAGUAUUUCCGUAGAAGGAAAAAAUACCGUCUUAAAAACUAUUGACUCUUGUAUAAUGAAAACGUAUCCCUAUAUAAACGAUUUGGUUGAUAAAAUUCUUGUUAAUCAAUAUCGUUUUUUUUUUAAAUUGUAUUCACUAUGACAAUGCGCCGUGUAUGAAAAAAAAAUGCUGAUACUGCUUGUGAAUGUGCCACUAUUUUAGGAAGAAAGUUAAAAGAGAGAACGCAUAUAGGGUAAUUUUAAAUUAAAUAUAUAUAAUAUAUAUAUUUUUAGUGUAUAAUAUAUACUUUUAAUAUAUGAUAUAUAUUUUUAAUAUAUAAAAUUUAAUCUUUCUGUACGCAACGAUAAAUGCUUGGUAAUUAAAAACGAUUCCGAAUAAAGUAUUAUUAGUUUUACUUAUCCUCUGUUGCCAAGGUAACUCAGAAAUCGACAAUAAUUAUAAAAAAAAUGUCCAGCUUUCCUCAUUUAUUAAGAAAACUACAAAAAAUAUCAAAUAUUACCUUCUCAGUGCACAAUUCUAUACAAUUUUCUAUUGGAACAAGAUUUCUCAUAAAAAAGUUGUUCACGAUCAUAAUAAUACUAUAGUAUUUUUUGUAUUCGAUUCAUAUUAAAACAAACUAAAAUUACGGGAAUUAUUUUUAUAAUAAUAUGCAAAUCUGUGUAUACCUAGUAAAUUGACAAAAUAAUUUAUAAGUAUGUUAUAUAAAUAUAUAAUAAUAUAUUAAUGCAAUUUUUAAAUAAACCAGUAUAAUAGAUGUAUAAAAUAUUAUUAUCACUUUUUUUUAGAAUUUUAUUCAAGUAUAAAUCACGUCAUUUCAAAAUAUUGCCCACUAAAAGGGUAUUCGAAAAGAAAAAACUUUAAUCUAAAUUAUACCAACUAUAAAAUAUGCUAUACAUAUAAAUAUAAGAAUAUUUUUAUUUUUUAUUUUUUUAUUUAAAAAUAUGAUUCGCUGUGUUAUUAUUAUACAGUUAUGUCCCUCAUCGGCCAUCGUCAUGCAUAAUAAUAUACAUAAUAUAAUAUUAUAAUGAUUUAGAAACGGUAUAUACAAAUUACAAAUGCUAUUUUGUAUAAAUUGAAGAAUAUAUUAUUAUUGUAUACGUAUAAUGUAUAUAUAUUUACGAUAAAGGAUAAAUAACGUGUGACACGUUGACAAAUAGCCCCGUUAAGUAGGUUAAAAAGUUCGCAUGGGGUUUAACUGCUGCAGUGUAUAUAAUGUAUGUAGUGAAAGUCAUGAUAGAAAAUUUGUUUUCACAUACAGUGGAUGGCACAACACCGAUGAUAGUUCCGUAUUAAAGGUCCGUUUUUUUUUUCUUUUUGUCGUGUUUUAUAUACAUUAUACAUAUAGUAGUAGGUACUACCUAGUAGAGAUAUAAUAGUAUUGUAUACCCAAAAGAUCGGUUGCCGUGACAACAACUGCAGACAUCUCCCAGCAAUCGUCCUUCGACCGAAUUUCCGCACUGCGCGUAUAUAAUAACAUAUAGUACCCUUUUCAAUCAAUUUACCCCCUGACAAAAAAAAAAAUACUCAACAUGAGGUCUAGAGGACGAUAAAUUAAUAAAAAAAAAAUAUACAGAUAUAUAUUAUUAUAAACUCCCCCAUAUCGUACAUAUAUAGUGCGUUUGAUUAAUUAAUAUGGUUUGAUAUUUAUAGUCGCACUUUGUAUAUAAAUAUAAAGUACAGUAUACUCAUAUAUAUGUAUAUAAAUAAAAAAUAAUCGACCAAACUGGACACAAACUGUAGGAUGUAUAGUACCUAAUCAAAAUUCGUUAUAAUAGCUGUUGCUGCUGCUGCUACUGCUGCAAAGAACUAUAAUUAUUAAUCGACAUCAAUAUAUUGAAUAUAAAUUUGUUUUAUUAUUUUAUUUUGGGUACGGUUAAAGUAUAGCCUAUACAUUAUAUAAUAAUAUAAUAUAGUUGACCAACUCUAUACGGGAUUAAAACAAAUCUUCUGUCAACAUAUAAUGUAUAAAUACAAUUUAUAGGGUAUCGAAUCGAAAGAUUUCAAUUAUUUUUUCCAAUAACUCGCGGGUGCAGCGGACGGUCAAAUUUAAUUUAUAAAAUAAUCACCGUAGGUACGUUUUUCACGCGAUAUUCUCCUCUCUAAUAUACAAUUUCAAGUAACUUUAUUACGAAUAAAAUAUUGUUAUACAACACGGUAUAUAGUAUAAUAUAUUAUUAUGUAUAAAGAAAUUUCAAUCAAAUAUUCUUGUUUCGAAAUACUUAUUUAAUAAUUUUAAUUUUAAAACAACAACUGAUUUUUCAUUGUCAAAUAUUGUCAAUUACUUACUAAAUAUACUCUACUAUCCGAAUAUUGUCUUAAAAUAUUCCGCUUAACACAAUACAGUAUUAGGUAGGUCGUAGGUAUAUAUACAAAUUAUAUAUCAUAUUAUUAUACAGUAGAAUACAGCUAGUUCUAUGCGUAAUAACUUUUUAUUUUAUAACUCCGUGUCUUUUUGAAAAGUAGAAAAAAAAAACCCCGAAAACACAAACAUUAAAAAUAUUGUAUACUUAACUGAAAAAGCAUAUAAGGGAGAAAAUUAAAUAUAUGCGUGACGUUUUGCUGCAGAAUACUUUUAUAUAUACUUUAUCAAAAAAUAAAAAUGUUUAACUACACACUGAACUUUGACUUUGAUUAAUGGUAUAAUUUAAUAAAAUAUAUACUUUGUCGGCAAUUUUUUUUUGUCAGACGAAAUAUUUUUGAUAGAUAUAGGUAACCAUGCGUAUAGCCGUAUAGGUAUAGGUAUAUAUAAAAACUUUGUCCUCGUCAUAAGUUUCACCAAAAAUUGGUAAACAUUAAUUUCAAGAUAAAUAUAUAUUUUCCAGAAAUAAAAUAUAUAAAUUGGAGUACAAAAUUAGAUUAUUUUUAGAUGAGUAUUUAUUAAAAAUAUUUUCUUUUUAUAAAACUACUCGACAUCACAAAACAGUAAUUACUGCUCAUGCAUGCAGUACAAUACGAAAUAAAAUUAAAAAAUUGCGUAUUUUAAACAUUAGGUAUAAUUAAUAAUUACGUAUAAUUUCGUCCGAAUUUUAAGGUGAAGAUUUAAUCUAUUUGCUCGUGGAGUUUUUUUUAAGGUAGGGGUAAUAGACACGCAGUGGCUAUUCGCUAAAAAAUAUCCUAAAAAGUUUAACAUCAAUACAAUAUUGGCUUGUGUUCAGGUGAGACGAGCAGAAUAUUAAUUCGAGUAGAUAUACAUUUUAAUAACAUGCUGGUAUGUUAAAUAUUCAAUAAUUAUUAAAAAUGAAUAGUGAAAUUAUAAUAUAAUAAAUGUUACGCGAAUGUAGACAGAUAAUAAUCGAACGUUAUUUUUAUAUAAUUUGAUAAAACAUUAUACGGGUACCUAAAAAAAUCAUCAGACACGUGUCGUAUAAAUACACAGUCACAAAAAACAAACUUCAUAUAACUGCAUCGUGUUAUUCGACAUUAUGACAUUUCUGUUUGACAGCAGUUGGUUUACUAUAGAACUUUAUAUACACCUCAUGUUUAUUCAUGGGGGUUUGAACUGCAUAAUCUAAUAUUUUUAUAUUAUAAAAAGUGGGUAGAUGGUAAAUCUGAAUGUGCUAUAUACCUAGUAUAUACUCGUAUUGUAUAACUUCCUAAUAAUUAAUAAUAUUAUAAUUACCGAAUUAACGAAGAUUUAUAAAGUUCAAAUUUUAUCAUAUUAAUUUUUAACAAUAUAUCAAGCGCAAGAGAUAAAUUUAAUCUUAAAGUAACGCGAUUAUUUUUCUGAACUUUUAAUAAAAAUAUAUGGCUCAAAUUUGUGAAGUUUAUCGUAGUAAAAUAAUUUAAGAUAAUUUAUUAGUAAAAUAAUGAAAAUAGUGAUAUAACUUCUAUGAAGCAUUUCGGUAAGUUAUCAUAACGCAGUAGAUGCCCUAUUAGUUUGUUCCUUCUGACUUUUACACAAAAUUCUCGUUUUUCCUUUAUUUUGUUCAGUAAUUCUUCGUUUGUUAUUUUCUCUGUCCAUUUAAUCUGUAACAUUUUCGAUAAUACCACAUUCUAAUAGCCUCUAGUUUUAUUUUCUCUUUUGUGCUGCUUAUUAAAGUUUAGUAGUCGCAUUCCACACAUACCUACACUUUUAGGGGAUGAUUUUUUUCCCUGAAAAACCAUCUUUAUUGCGCUAUCCUGUUAACUAUAUUUGCUUUACUUCGGUCAUCUUCUAUUAUUUUACUACCUAAAUAAAUGAAGUAUUGAACUAUGUAAGCGUUAUUUAUUUUUAUAUAAAGAUGAAUGGAAAAUACGAGUAGAGAAGAGGAAGAAUAUGAGACGCAGAUAGAUAGGUAAUCAUUGCAUCGGUCUAUCUGAUGCAAAUUAAGUUGCUCAUGUCUGGUUUUAUGUUAUUAAUUUUUUUAUUUUUAUUUUUUUAAUAUCAUAAAUUAUAACCAUUAUAAUGUCAUCAAUUGGCUGAAACCUACUAACUAAUCCCUUUUGAUCAAUUAGAUUAUGUCUUCAAUUUAUUAAUUUUAAUAUUAAUAACUAUUAUUUAAAUGGCAUUAAAUUAAUUAAACCGUUUACUGUAGAUAUCAAUAGUUAUUAAUACCUAAAGUUUUAAUAUGUUUUACGUUGAAUGUAUUAAAUUUGAUCACCUAUAGGCAAUAUAAUAUGUGUAUGGAGUAUGUUCGUUAGUUUUAGACUAGAAUAGAAAUCAAAAAUACUCAUAUAAUAUAUAUGUUUUAUCCAUCGACAUUAUUUGAUCCUUAUUGAAAAUCAUAUAAUAUCACAAAAUACCAGUAAAUUAAUAACUCCGGGAAAUUAUUUAUUGAACAAUUUUUUUUAAUGGUCUCACGAUAUCGUAAACAUUAUAGAAAAUAACUUAACGUUAUAUUUUAUGUGACGUUCUCAUAAGUACACAAAUUUGAAUUCAUCCCAACAUCCCAUACUAUAAUAUAAGUAGCGAACAACUGUUUAAACAAAGUGUAGCGUGUUUAACGGAAACAAAUGGGAUAAGACUGAAGAACCUGGAUCUGUAUGCAGUCCAAUAUAUAGACAAACAAGUUAAAUUCAAGUUUCAUUUUUUAUGAAGUAAACGUCAAGGCACCGCAGCAGUAUAGCAGGAGGGACAAAUGGAAAAUUUGAACGGAUAUAUAUUUUACUUAGACCCCUCGAAAAUUCUUCGAGCCCAUCCACGAACUCACUACUACUACAGACUACUAUUGUAACAUGUUUGUAUUAAUAUGUUCUUGCGCAGACACCAGCAGCUUUUAAUAAACAUAGGAAUGAAAUACACGUAAUACUAUUAUUGUGACAGUCGAAGGGACACGAAGCCUGUGGGAAAUCACAUAUAAUAAUGUUAUUAUGGUUCUUCGUAUUAUGUUAUUAUUUUUUUAAUUCAAGCCGUCCACAAAUAUAACCAAAUAAUAAUAAUACUAAUAUCCACCUAUGGGAAAAGGACACUGGACACUCUAUUUCUACUCAUUUGUCGCGGUGUUGAAUCUAGGACGUUUUCUCCCCACGGACAUUUUCCCUUAUUGUUUUCCGGUAUACAUAUACCCUGCAAGCUGUGAUGUUAUAUACUAACCUAUUACUCGGUACUAUUUGGAACGUUGAUUUAUUUUUAUAUUGUGAUAAAAAAAUUAUUAUUUGUAUACGUUAGAUAGUUAAAAAUACAUCGUAAUUUUAAAAAUACAUGCCUUUAUACGACUAAGUCUUUGUACGUAUUUUUAAUAUCUACAAUUCUUAUACACAUAUUAUUAAGGCCAUUUGCAAACACCAUUUUCGUUAAAAACACUUAAACAUCUAACAAAAAUUGAGGUACUAAUGUUGUGGUUUGAUUUGGAAAUGUAAACAUGUAUGGAGUUUACAAACAAGUUUACAAUGUAUUGACUAAAGCAUAUUUUUCAUAAUAAUAUUUUUUAUUUAAUUACUUACCAUUGUAAAUUGACAAAUCUAUAUAGAUACGAGUUUAAGUUUUAUUCUCGAAAAAAAAUUGAUAAAAUUGAAAAAAAGUGUUCCAGCCUAUGCAAAUUUAACUUAUUUAUAAAUUCAAACAUAUUUUCAUUUUCAAACUACUUUCAGAAUCAAACUACUGUAUAAAAGUACUAACAUUAUAAGUACUAACAUUUUUGUCAGGCUACUUUAAAUUCAUAAAUAACGUAAAAAUGGCCGUACCCUUUCCUCUUAUGUAUAUCAGGCAGUUGAUUAGUGAAAAAGUCAUAUCAUUAAUAUGGACUUUGAAAGGUAAAAAAAAAUGUCAAAUUUUACAAAACUUAGAUGACUGAGUUCCCAUUAAACAACUUACUAAAAAUUUAGACUAGAUAUUUGAAUACGCUAAAAUAAAUACAUAAUGUUUUAUAAUUUAUGUAUUUAUAAAUAGAUAUAAGUACAAAUUUAAUGGGUUUAGAAAUAGUGGUGUCUGGAUUAUCUCCACUGAAAUAGUUAAAAUGAAAUAAAUGAACAUUUAACAAAAAAAAAAUAAUAAUUUUCAAAGAAUAAAAUUUAAAACUAAAUAUUAUUAUUUAAUUUAUUUUUGCAGCUUAAUAAUACUAAUAUUAGAUUUGGAAUGUAACCUGGGAUCUAUUGGUUCUUUUGAUUAUAUGUACGAUUUUAUUUAAAACUAAUUACUUCACUCUAGUCAUUUUUUUAGGUGUAGAUAAUUGUAUUUGAUAAAUGAGAUCCGUUAGAAGGAAGCAUUUUAAACAUUUGUUAUUUUUGAUUUUUAAAUUAUUUUUUAAGCAAUGCUUUUUUCGGAUUUUUUUUUAUGUCUUAAGCCUCUUUUGUGAAUUUUAAGUGUAUAUGAAUUCGUUUCCUAAUUUAUUAUUAUCAAUAUUCAGAAGAUCUAUACAUAUGUGCUAUGUAUAAUAUAUGUAUUCCUUAAAAUAAUUGCACUAGCUAUACUCUGUUAAUCAUCCCGAAUAGAAACUUAUAAAAAAUACCGACCACGACGUUUUAUAAAGUCUCGCAAAAUAUUUUAUAUUAGAUUAUUUUAUAAUAAAUACAAUAAUUCACGUCUACUGUCUUUUUGCGUUACAUAAUACUUUUCAAUUUCGUUUCAGUUUUGCAUUUCCAGCUGUGCUUCUUUUUUUGUGGUCGUGUAUACGUUACAUCGUUAAAACGAUAAAAUGAUAUUUGAUAUACAAUAAUUUGUAUAAAAAAAAAUAGAACUAAAAGUAAUAUUUUGUCUGUUAGGCGGGGGACGAAGCGUGUCGUUAAACAUUUUCAAUUAUUAAAAACGGUGGCGGUGUACGCGUAUUACUGAGAAUCUAAUAAAAUUUGACUCUUCUAAGCCGUUAUAUUUGUGUAGUACCCUGUUUCAACACGCAAUUACCGAAAUUGCGUGUAAAUAUAAGGGAGUCCGAAUGUUUUUUUUUUUUUUUUUUAGUAAAGUUAAAAUAAAAACAUUCAUUAUAACGUAUAAAAGAUGAAAAAGUUUUACAUCAUUUGCUGAUGGUAUAUAAUAUCAUUUUACAUUUGAGACAUCAAAGGGUUGUUUUUUUUUAUGGAAACGAACACAAAAGAACCAAACAAAUUGCUAGUGUUGCGUUAUGCGAGGGUUGCGAGGUUAAACUAAUUACGAGCCGUAUUGUUUGUAAACUGAUUAUAACAUAAGUACCUAUAUAUGUAGAAACAAAUUCGUCUGUACGUUUAUUAUACACACAUAUAUAUAUAUACUUAAUAGUUGAUACGAUAUAUUUUGUAUUAUUAUUGUUUUAACAAAACAAAAUCUCGAUAACGAUGUCACAAAAAACACCAUCACUCGCAUAUCGCUAUUACUGUAACCAUAAAUAUUGGCUCUGGAGUGUGACGCGGUAAUACUCAUUAUCAAUUUAUUAUGAGUAAAAUUGCCGCAAAUUUGUAUCCAUUAUGGUUUUUACACGACAUUUAAUCAUUUUCAAAAAAAGAGUCGAUACUACUGUUAUUAGUGAGAAGAAGUGUCGGGAAGGUAGGAUACACAGAGUUAUUUAAUUUAUACCUGUAAGUGACGAUAAUUGACUACUAACGAAGUACAAUUCUGAGCGUAUAGCUAGAUUGGUUUUGCUAUGAUUUUUACUUUUUUAUUAUAAAUAUUAUUGUUUAUAGACAAUUUGUCUAUAAAUCUUGUUCCAAUCAAAAAACAAAAAGUGACCUUUUUUGCUGCAUUUUAAAUCUAAUAGGUGCAUUGAAGAGAUAAUUUUUCAAUUUUUCUAAUUAGUAAAACUAGAAAAUCCGGUUUCAUUAUUUUCGAUAUUCUAUUAUUCUAUUAUUGUCAUAAUUCUUUAAAAAUGUAAAAAUAAUCAUAGAGAUCUAAAAUUACAAUAGAAUACUUAAAUUAGUCUGUUAUUGCAAUGAUAAAAUUGUUCAAACAUACUUGCAAUUUUUGAGAUAUUUAUAGACGUUUAAAUUUUUGAACCACAGCAUUUCAUUUAAAUAAUCAACGUGGCUCUUAUUUUUUAUUUUUUCCCCACUGAAUACUUAUAAUGAACCCCCUGUUAAAUGUCCAAUCAUUUUUAUUGUUUAAAACUAUUUUACCAAUAUAAAAUCAAAUAAAAACUAAAUUAAAUAAAUGUCAAAUACCUGUAAAUAGCUCAAAAAUCAACAGAAUUAUUUGAAAAUUAACUAUUAUGUUUAAAAAAAAACAUAUAUACGUCGUAUAGUUUAAGAUAACUUAUCAGUUAUUAAUAUUAUUUUUGUGUAAACAGAUAUGCGUUCGGAUUCACGGAACAAUGUUGUCGAGGAGUCGAAUUUCGGAACCGGGAUAAUUACAGCCGGGCUGACAACUUGCCGCAAAUCCUCCAGAACGUCUUGCCAACGAGAACUCGAACUUACCGACUCGUCGUCGGUGAGUCCAUUUGUUUUACUCUGUACUUCGAACAUAUUGUUCUGUGUUUACGCUAUAUAGAAUAUUUAGUGGAAUUCAUCUAUGGCAGAUCAGUGACGAUACGUGUACCGGGUCGGACGGACAAGGCCGCAACAGCAGUGGAGUAGUACGGUCGGGUAACCGGAGGAAGCGCAAGUCCAGUGGCAAAGACAAGAACGUCAGGAGACUGGAAAGCAACGAGAGGGAAAGACUACGAAUGCACAGCAUCAACGAUGCCUUUCAGGUACAUAAUAUUUCAAUACUGGAUUACACUGCUAUUAUAAUAUAUCUACAUGUAAAUAUAAGAAAAUACCUACUCGACAUGCAUAGAUCUACUUAGCAAGAGACGCUGCGAUCAUUGGUUGAUAUCAAUCAUUUUCCGAUUCUUCGAUUUCCUUAAGUAAUAUUUUUUGGUCUAUACGGUUAGGUAAACAUAAAAAAAUUCAUUGUGAUAACAUUGAUAAACGCAAUAUAUUAUUAUAAAAAUACCCGUACCCGUAAUGAAUAAAAAAAAAAGGCUGAUAUUGCUGACGGAUGUGCUACUAUUUCAGGAGGAAAGUUGGAAGAGAAUGGAGAAUAGGUACAUAAAAUAACACAUUUUACGGUUAAAAAUUAUGAAAUUUAAUAAUUGAAUAUUUGAAAUAGAUAAAUCACAAAGAUCCCUUAUUUAAUUGGAUUCAUUUGGAUGACGGAUGAUAAUCAUAUUAUAUAGGGAAUACAACAUAUAAUAAACUUGCAUGCGUUUAUUUUAUAAAAUAUGAAAAAAAUACAUUAACAUGAGUAUAAACUGUUUAUUGGCUUCAUAAAAUAGUUUCUAAUCCGUAAGGCCAUACAAAUUUUCAAUAUCUUUCAUAGAUUUUAUAAUUAAUACAAGCUUUAAAGGUUUUGUAUGUUAGCUGGAGUUUAUUAUAGUUUACAUCGAAAGUUCUUGUACCUUAAAAACUAUAAUCAACCUUAUUAUCCAGUACGACACGUAAAUUUGUCUUCAUAUAGUAAAAUUAAUCUUUUUUAGUUAAUGAUAUAUAAUAUUAUAAUCAGGGGCAUAUAAUAAAAACAAAUUUAUUGCAUUUAGUACCAACAGAAAAACCCACUAUUAAAGUAAUCUACAAAAAAAUAUUUAUAAAAUGUCGAGUGUGAGAAGGCUGAAUCUCUAAAAACCUCUUUGUAUACGCGCUUGAUUAUAAUAUUGUCUAAAUUUUACGGUUAUCAUUUCACUUGGUCAACCACGAUUAUAAACAUUAAUUUUAAGUUCUUUUGUAUGAGGUGUUGGAUCAUACGAGUAUGUCAUAAACUCAUAACUGACCAUAAUAAUAUCAUCUUGUAACUACAGAUUUUAAUUCAUAAAUAAAUAAACUGCAUCCACUCUAUGUUAUAAUUAUAAGCCCUAUUAUGGUAUCUUAAAAUAAUAUAUGCUGAAACAUCUAAAAAACUUAAAAAACGGUUUAUUAUACAAAAAUGUCAAUUUAUAAUAGUUUGCAAUAUUAUUCUACGAGUCCGUGAAAAUUCAAAAAUGUUGCCCUCAUGAAAUUUAACGAUAAAUUAACCUCCGUAAUAAUCCAACCGUAUAAUUUAUAGAAUUGUUCUUCUAUAGAAUACGUUACCUGACCCUAAUGUUUAUCCCGAUGUCUAAAAUAUGUUAUCGAAAGAACAUUUAAGGUUUCAGGAACAGACAAUUUUGACAUUUUGGCUUAUUGAAUAAAUUUGACGCACAUUCCAUAAGUUACUCGAUAUAGUUUUUUGUACAUUUUAUAAUUGUUCUAUAAUUGUACUGCCAAAAAACUAUACCACCCAUCGCGUCCAAACCGCAAUUAGUAGAAAAAUAAUACUAUCAUAUACUAUCUUUUUCAAAUAAAUUUCAAAAAAACAAUAACAAUUUCAAUUGUUGAUCAGCGUACACAAUCUACAAUCCCAAUCAAAAAGUGAUCAAUGUAUAUACCUCGAAUCCAUUUGAAAAAAUUAUUCUUUCGAAUAGACGGUUUCCAAACACGAUUUGUUUUAUAGUGACAAUUUAAAAAUAUAAGCACCAGGACACUGUACUGCUGCUGCUGCAGUCAAUAUAUAAUAAAUUACAGGCGCCGGUCUAUAAAGUAAGCUUAUGUGUUUCUCGCAACCUGCACCUUUUUUCAGAUCCACUCUAGACAAGUAAUAUCGUUUAAAGCCUUUAUAGAAUAUAAAAUUAAUAUAAAUGCACGAAACCGCCCGAAUCGAUUAUUAUAUCGUAUUUUACAGCUACACUGAAACCUAGCGUUAAGUUUGCAAUUUAAUAUACUUUGUUUACAGUACCUAUACCAGCUAUACACAAUCGCCGUAAUAUAAUAAUAAUAUACGUAGGUACCUAAUGUAAAAUUGUGUCAGAAAAUGAGUUUAUUAAAACAAAAUAUCGAAUUCGUGUGUAUAAAAAGUAUAUAAAAUAAAGCUAAUAAGGUUGCUAGAUGUACUAAGCUUCUAGAAUAUACAGGAUUAUUGUAUGUCAAUUGUAAGUUAUAUUCAAUCGCACUUUUAUCAUUUAAUAUAUUGUGAUUAUAAAUUAUAGGUAUCUAUAGACAAAAUUGCAUAAAAAUAAAUCGAAAUAUCGAACUGUGUAGCACGUUUGUUGCAGGUUGACAACUCGUUGUUUAUAUUGAUUGCGACUAAUUAUGUAUUUUAAUUAGGGCUGGGAAUGUAAGUCUUAUAAAACCCCAAAAAUAAUUUUAUGCCCUAACAUUUUAACAUAAUGCACUUAUAAAAUGCGCAAAAUUAAAAAAUUAAUUUAAAAUCAACAAAUGUCAAAUAAAGCAAAAUAAAAUAUCUCAUUGUCGUUCAAAAAUACAUCACGAAACGGUAUGAACAGAACAAGCAUCGUAUAGCAAUCUUUAGAAAACAAUGUAAAGUACCUUGAAAUCCCAGCUCUAAAUAAAAAUAUAUACUUCAGAAGAGAAGUAUCAACUCGUAUGAGGCACGUGUAUACUGGGUAGGGGUUAAUCCCUCUCCCCGAAAUUUAAAAACCGCCACUUCAAAUGCAUCAUAUUAACUUUAUAUAAUACAUAGUUUAAAAUAUGUAAUUUUUUAUAUUUAUGAAUACCCUUUGCCCUCUAAAUUUUUAUAUGACUCAUAAUAUACGUAUUACUACAGGUAUAUUUGGAGAGUGAAAUGAGGCAAUUGUUUUAGAAGGCUUUUAGUAAAAACGAAAAGAGUAAAAUUACAUUUUUAUAAAUUUGUUGUGUAAACGCGUGAAGACUGAAGAAUGCAGUUGUGAGCGUAAGGUUACAGGCUUAAAGGAAUAACGAUGAUUUGUUUAUUUUAUGCACAACGGAGAUGGUGGAGAUGUUCGAGAUAAACGGUGUUUUGUACACUUCGCACCGGUUGCUAUGGUAACCCAGGAAAAUUCAAUUACUACAAUAUGUAGGUAUGUAAAUACAUACAUAUAUAUAUAUAUACAGAAUGUUUCACUAAGCGUGGUCACCCCAUUUUUUUGUUAUAUUUUGCAUAUAUUCUGAUUCUAAUUCUGAUUUUGGAAUUUUUAAUUGUAGUUAAAACCGAUAAUUUAAAAUUAUCGGUUUUUUUUUUUUCAUUACUAUGUUUUAUCGUAAUUGUAGACGCUUUUUAAUUUAUAAUAUAAACUAUAUUUCCCUGUAUCAUACAUAUAUAUUAUAGGUAUAAUGUAUACAUAUUUCAAACUUUCAACCAACAAUAGUGACCCAAUGCGAAUCAAAGAUUUUCCGCCUUUUUUAUUUUUAAACCCAAAACCAUUCAAUUUUGAAAGCAUUAAAAACAAGUCGAUCAAAUUUGCCGAAAUAAUUAAAAUCAUGCAAUUAAAUUUAACAUUCAUAAAACAAAAUUGUCUGAAGUCUAUAUUUUUUCUAGAUAAUAUAGUUAUUUUUUUAGAUAACUUCCCCGCGAUUGACUUUUAGUACAGACAGUACCUAUAAUAAUUUAUUGCAAGUUUAUACCUAUUAAUGAAUUCAUUAUUCAUUAUAAAUAUUAACCAAAAUCUAAAUAUGGAAUUAUUCAAACGCGUAAAAAUGUUUUUAUUUUUUCCGCUUCCGUAGACACAAAUAACAUUAACCGAGCGUGAUGGCGGUUAUAUUUUAUUUUGCUAUACUGUUAUAGUUUUACACAUUUUGAAAUAUUCGACUUUUUUUUUAAUCGUGCAAAUAAUUUUGUAUUUAAAAACAUUUUCACUCGAAAACUAUUACAGUUUUUUUUUAUAAUUAAUAAAUUAACUCCCUAUUCUCCUCAAUACAAACAGAAAAAAAUAUAACAAUAUAAUAAUUAUCAGGCUUCAGAACAUAUAAUAUUAUUGCCCUUAAGACAUCGUUGUUCAAAGCACUAAAAUAUGCAUAAACAAAAGAAAAUAUAUUUUAAAAUUGUUUUAUUUUUGUUUCCCAUAAUUUAUUCAAACAAAAUAUUAAAAAUUUAGUUAUUAAAAAAAAAACAAAACAAAAAAUUAAUAAUUUAUAUUAAAACAACGUACUUGCAAAUUCUAAUGAAAAAACGUAGAAUUAAAUUACUAUGGAAAUCGAGUUACGAAAAUAAUACAACAUUUAUAUUAACUAGCAUUUAAUGCUGGUUAAGACGUGUUACUGAUUUUAAAAAAUCAGUUGAACAAAUGAAUCAAAUUUAUUUUUCGUCCGAUCCUCAAAAACCGGCACGUUAACGUUUGAAAAUCCCUGGUUUUAAGCUUCAUGAAAUUAAUGUGUGACGCACUCCGAUCGAUUUUAGGAUAACUUACAAAAGUAUGUUGCAAGAUCCGUUAGUAUAAAAUCCAAUGUGUAUAAUAUGCGUGUAACACAGGGUAUAAUACCCAUAUAGGCUGCAGUUGUUCUACAAAAUAAAUAACUUUAGACUAAAAAGUUUCACAGAACGUUGAAGUUUUAAUACUUUCUAUAUUCACCUCGUUUUAUAGUUUAUAUUUUAUACACUUAUAGAUAUUGAUCGAUUAAUUUAGUAUUAUAGCGUUAAGUCUUAUAAAAUACCUAAAACUACAAAUUCUAUUUAAAAAAACUGUAAUAUUUAUAAUAAAUCGUAUGUGAAAAAAAGAUCGUAAUUAUUCCUGGAAGGAAAAUAAAAAGUAAAAAUAAGACCUAAAAAAAAAAAAAUAAGCUGAUAGUAUUGUAGCCUAUAGGUAGGAAGUUAAGAAAGUAAGGUACAUAUACAGUUAUUUAAUUUAUACCUAUAAGAAACGACAAAUCGUUGUUAAUGAAAUACGAUUCAGAACGAAAUUCAGUUAUAGAUAUUUUUAAAUGCCGUAAUAUUUACGAUUUUUAACAAAAUUUGAUCUUAAAACAUUUAUAAAAAAAAAACUAAUUUAUUUAACUAAAAUUUGUAUUUUAGACUACCAACUAUAACUUAUAAUAAAACUUUAUUUGUUAAAUUUUUCAGCAUUUCUGUUUGGUCAGACAAAUGACAAUUGUAUCCUCAUAGUACUUACUUUGGAAAAACUCCGUAAUAUAUUUUGAAAAUAUUACCAUAUUUAUUAAUGGCUAAUAUAAGUUUCCGGUCAAAAUGUCUAUCUCUAUAAAUAUUUUUUACUGAAUUUUGUACGAUUCUAUAUUCGGUUCGGACAAAAAUUACCACCAUACUAAAAAAUAAAGUUAAUUGAUUUAUACUUUAUUUUAAUUAUAUUUACUAAAAAAUUUUACCAUAAUAUACUAGACAAAAAUUUAAUUCACAGUGAAUCGUACUAUCAAUGAAUUUUAUUGUCCAAGAAAUGAAUUUUCCAGCAGAAAAUUGUUUCCUGUGAAUUUUCUGCGGUCAUCUACUAUGAUACUUAUCUACCUCGUACGGGAUUAGACUUUAUUAAAAAAAACUUAGAUUAGAAUAUCUAUAAUAUAAUAUAGGGACCAUAUCGCUUAAUUUUCAUGAUUAUGUAAAUUUCAGUGGUUAACUAGAUUCAGAAUCUAGGUAAAUUAUUUCCCAUAUCAACUAUAUGCUUUCCAUGUCAUUUAGAUAUUGGGAAUUAAGGUGACUAUUCAAAUAGAUCUAAAUGGCCUAAGACAAUAUAGUUGACAGGGAAACUAAUUGACUCACAGGGAUUUACGGGGAGUCUAGAUAACCACGAAAAUUUAGUUAGUCAGGGAUCCAGCCUUAAAUUUAAAUCCAUUUGACGACUAGUUCCGCUGCGGUCAACUAAUUUCCCAUCUAGUAAUUUAGAUCCCGUAUCAACUAGUGAACUUUUUGUGUUAUUUGUAUCUUGGGAAUCUAAGUGGCCGUUCACCGUUGAUACCGAACCUAUUUGCGAUGAUUAAUGUUCGUGGAAAAUUAUCGGAUAAGUACUGCGUCUCGUCACGUGUUUAAAAUUAGAAAGCGUUAAUAUUUUAGGCUAAAGCUGACUACUAUUGUAAUUUGUAAUUCAAUUCAAAGUUUCAUAACCCUGCAAGUUUGUGUUAUAAAAAAUUUAAUAUACCUAUUGUACAAUAUAUAUUAAUAUAAUUUUCAUAACAAUGAAGUUUGUGUAAAUUAUAUAUACCGGCACAAAUUAAUUUUCAAUUAGAAUAAUAUAGUUUGAUUUUAUACUAAUGGUCAUAUUGGUACGGGAUGAAAAAAAAGACUGAUUUUGCUGAUAUAUAUGCAGUGUUAUAACUACCCUCCAUGACACCCUUGGCCAAUUUUAUAUACUAGGUUUCAUUAGCAUAAACAGGAGACUUUACCCCCGAAACACAAAUCCCCUCAAAUAAAGUCCUUAUCAAGUAAAUACUAAGUAUACAUAGUCAAUUUUAUGGGAGCCUAAGCCUUCCCCAAAUUUUACAAAAUUUACUUUUUGCUACUAACUACACAGCGAAAAUAUCUCGUCGUAUAAAGCAUGAUAAAUUUCUUACAAGAGAUAAGUGAUUCUUGUAAAUCUCUUAUUAGUGAUUCUUAGACAAAUUAGUUUGUUCAAGCCUAGGAAAUGAUAUUCUCGAGGGAAAUAAUAGGAAGCUAUGGUGGUUAUGAACCUAACCGAAUUUAUCUUUAAUGUUGUGCUAACUGAUUGAAUAUUGAUGCUCCUGCGUGGUGGACUAGGGGAGUGUUCAAUUUGAUUGGAGAUUAUUAGUGCAGCUUUGCCAUGGGCUGUUCUAUCAGGAUAAUCUGCUCCAAUUAUUUCAUAUCCUAAUAUUUUAAGUGUAGACGAUUUAGUGAGGAGAGUUUCGGAAAUUAGCGCUUAUAAAGUUCAAAUUUUGACGAACAAUUUUAAUAUCACGGCAAUUAUACUAGGUCCGAAAAAUGUAAACAGUUUCAAUUAGGAACAAAUAAAACACAUUAACGUUUAAAUAUCAAAUAUAAAUAAAAUAUCCUGUAAAUAAUACAAAGAAAUCAUGUCAUUUAAAAAUGGCGAGUCUUUUUAAUUCGGAUGUAUGUGAUUUUGUAUAGAAUUAUAAUUUAUUGUUUAAAAUAGAUACGUUUAGAAACCAGGAAUUUAGUACGCUUAUAGUGGCCUUUCUUAACUUGUAUAAUAAACUAUACCGACUGGCUAUCGAGUUGUUAAAUUUAACAUGCAUCACUUUAUUUGUUCGUUAUCAUACCUAUACCUAGUUGGUAAUAAAAACUAAGUAUUAUUAACUAACAAGACAAUGAUAGCAUUUAAUUAAAAAUGAAACUCAGAACAACCUAUUUUAUCGUAAACAAAAACAACGAAAAAAUGAAAACAAUUAGUCGAGUCGUUGAACAGCAAACGAGUAUAUUUGUAUUACCGAUUGUUCGUUUCGAAAGGAUAAAACGCACGUGACACACGAAUGCGUCGUAUUGUAUGUUUAUAUAUUGUUUAUUUAAUUUAUUAUUAACAUUUUACGAGACAAUAGCCUUUUAAAUACAAUAAAUAAUGAUAAUAUCAAGAAUAACAAAAAAAAUAGAAUAAAAAAGGGAAAGAAAAAUACAUACAGUAAUAUUAUAAAUUAAUAAAAUGUACAUUGAUAAAGUAAUAUGACACAAAAAAUAUAAAGUUAGUUUUAGUUUGAAAAAAUAAUUAAAGCUUUUGACCUAAAGCAUUCCCGAGACAUGAAAAAGAAAUCAACAUUAGUACAAAUUAGAUUACUAAGUAAAAGCGCUCUCAAGAAAAAAGAAUUGGUGCAAUUUUUUUUUUUUAAAGAUACAAAAAAUUAAUUUGAAUUUCUAAUCGAAAAUUUAUGCAUAUAAAUACCGAUCUUACAUAAUAAAUCAGGGCAAUCAAUAUUAUUAUUGAGAUCAUAAACGAAUAAGACGUCUGCUACCUUAUGUAGCCUACCACACAAUAUAAAUAGAAUCCGCUACUAAUGGCAUUGAAUCUCUGGAAAUAGGUAAAUUUAAACGGAAGGCAAUUGACUUAAGGAAUUGAUAUUGAAUAUUGUCAACAAGUUCAUCAGUGGAAUUUUGACCCUUUAUCGAUGAACCAAAUUUUAAGUUAGACCUAACAAAUGAGCAAUAGAGCGUUUUAAAUGCAUGAACAUUUUUAAAUUCUUUAGCAUUUCUUUAAAAAAAAUAGGUGGCACACGACCAGGACCCACACUACUAUAAACGUUAAACGUACAUAAAGUAUCGUAAAUUUCAUCCUCACUAAUAUUCCACGAAGAUAGAUUUAAUUUAGUAUUCAUGUUUAGAGCGUCAUAAUUUGUAAUCACAUUAGUAUUUGAGGUAAGAGGUGAGUAUACACUGGAAAAAAAAUUGAGCAAAUAAUUGAACGGACUCAUCGAAACUACUGGCAGUAAUAUUAUUGUACGGCAUAUUUUCAGGAAUGGGAGAUUUAUUAGAUUUAAGCUGUUUAAUGUACUUUUAAAAUGGUUUGAUAUUAGUUAAAAUGUUAUUUUCUAAUUUAAGAAUAUAAUUAGAGUUACAAAGUAACGAUAACUUUUUACAUUCUUUACGCAGGUUCGCAAACUCUAUAUAAUCAGAUUGUAACGAAGUUAUUAUGACGGAAGACAUAGUAUAGUGACACAUACACUGCUGUAAAACAAUAAGCUGUAAGCAAUAGGUAAACAGAACGAUUCUCCAAACGAUACGCCAACGUCGAAAAUUUAGAUUUUUUUUUUUCCCUAAAUCGAAAUUGCGUUGUGUAAGAGUAUAUCGUUUCUAUGUUUUAAUGUAAGAAAAAUAUACAUAACAUACAUAUACAAAAAAUAUUAUAUUUUAGAUUCAGAGUGUAGGGUUAGGAUAGGGUAGGUUGAGAAAAUAAGAAUGUAUUGAUUUUAUUGAGAUGUUUAUUUUAUUUUAGAGCCAUUUUUCGUUAUUUAUAGACAUCUUAAUUUUGCGAGUUUUGUACAUAAUUUAAAAAAAUAUAUAUAUAUAAUAUUUAUUUUGCGCUCUUUAGUACCUAUAUUAUGUGCAUAGUGUGUUUCAGUUGCAGUAUAAAAACAGCACAAAUUCUCGUAUUUCCAAUCGAUAAUUUUACAGAAAAUAUAUUCCAAAGACAAAGGUUAUGAUAUGUUGAGAAUCGUUUUUCGUUAGCAAUAACUUAUCGUUACGUACAGAUAUAAAUUAAAUAACCUACUUUUCCAACUUCUCACCUACAAUAAUAUUUCAGCACUAUUUUUUAAAUAUUUUUUAUGAGAAACUUAAUGAAAAAUAUUUUUAAUUUAUAACUCGGGUAUUACGAAACAGAUAAUUUGAGGUGAACAUCUUAAAAUAUUUAACGUAAUUUUAUGCGACUGGAAUUGAAAUUAAGUACCUAAUCAAAUUGGCAAUUUGCAUUAUUUUUAUUAUUUAUUAUCAAGGUACAUUCUUACAGGUACCUACAAUCAAUUAAUUUUUAAUUAAGAUUUGUAUAAAAAAUAAUAAUUAUUAUAUGUAUAUGUAUAUAUAAUAGGUACACGUAUAAAAUAUAAUAUACAUAUAUAUUAGAUAAUGAUUUUAAAUAAGUAUUAUAAUAUAUAAUUGAUAUUGAAUAUUUUCGAUUUUCUCAGAAGUUUUCUCAACAAAUGUGAAAAACAAGGAAAAGAAGAGAAAAACGGGAAAAGUGUAGAACAUUAAACAAAUAUUAUUAAAAAAAUAUACAUAAUACCUAUUUAAUUAUUUUACUAUAAUAUGACAUAUACAUUGUUGAUAAUGCAUCACUAUAUUAACUGAACUCCGCUUAAAAUCGUUUUUCAUUACCAAUUAUCGUUUAUCGUUACUUAAAGGUAUACAUUAAAUUCCUUUCUGUAUCCUAUCUUCCUAACUUUUCACCUACAACAGUAGCUACACCCGUUUCCAAUAUCCUAGGACAGAUUUUUUAAAUGAAAUUCAGAAAUUCAGAAAAUUAAGGUUAAUAAUCAAACAUCUUUUUCUACCAGAAAGCUUACUCCGAUUAUCAAGUGUAGCAUCUUUUUUCAAAGUAAAUGUUCUCUGUGUGGUACUUUAGAGAAGUCAUUUUUUUUAAAAUCCCAUGAAUAUUCGAAACAAUGAGGAAUACCUGGUUCUUUAGGUUAAAAAAGAUUGAAUGAUUGAAAGAUAAAAAAUAAGUUUGUCAGUGGCAACCGUUUUAAUUUAUUUUUUGUUAUUAUUAAGUUUUUAUUAUUUAAAUAUUUUUUAAACAAUCAUUGAUAUCAUGGAAACGCUGUUGUAAUCAUUUUACCAUAAUAUGAUAUAUAUAUUGUUUACAAAGCAACACUAUCAACUGAAUUCCGCUUAGAAUCGGUUUUUCGUAAGCAAUUAAAUUUAUCGUUGCUUAUAGAUAUGUAUUAAAUUACUUAUAACUGUGGCCGCACCCCACUGCUAACCCCAUUAUUCUAGAACAUAUUUUAUUAUUAUUAUUAUUACUAAUAUUAAAUAAUAAUUAUUAUUAAAUAGAUAUACAUCAAAUUCCCGUUUGUAUUCUACCUCCCCAACUUCCCACCUACAACAGUGACUGCACGUACCUUUGAAGUAUGUCCGUCCUUUUAAAUCUUUCAAUCUUUUUUAACCUGAAGAACCAGGUUUUCCUCAUUAUCUCAAAUAUUAAUGAGAAUUUCUAAAAAUUACCUUUUUAAAGUACUACCCAAAGAACAUUUCCUUUUAGAAAAGGUGCUAUACUUGAUAAUCGGAGUAAGCUUUCUGGUAGAAAAAGUGUUCACAUAAAAAAAAAAAAAAAAAACCUCAUUGUAAAAUCAAAAAACCAAUAUACUUUCGUUCCACUCAGAAUCUAAAAAUGUAAAAUAAAUAAAUAUAAUUACAUAAUAAUCGAUAAAUAUGAACUUCAACAGUUACUAAAAAUAUAUAAACACUUAAGUGCUUUAAUAAAAACUGGAAAAUAAAAAAAUUUUAAAUAUUACGUUAUAAUCUGAUGAUUUUAUUUUAAUAAACGUGUAUAAUAUGGAGCCAGUCAAUGUUGAAUCUACAGGUAUGUUUUGUUUGCCCCCCCCCCCCCGUUAAAUGUGGUUGUGGAUAAAUUGUAUAAGCAAAAAAAAAAUGUCACUACCAUAAUUUUAUUUACCCUCCCCCCCCCAGAUAAAUUGUCUGGAUUCAACACUGGAGCCAGUAAAGCAACUAUAGGAUUUUUUCAUAGUAGAUGGACUGGAAAACACGUAAAAAACAAAUAGGACAUUAAAUCUUUUUAGCGAUCUCACAUCUGGCUGACCUUUCAACUUGAUAAAUAUAAAACGUGACAUAUUUUUCAAUAAGUAUAAUAAUAUAUUAUACGUGCAGCGAAGUGUUUUCGUCUAUUACGAACAUAAAAUCAAUAACCAUAACAAUAUGCAGGCUAAAAGCUGAUCGAAAUUAAUAGAUAAUAUUGCGUUUUAAACUUGAAUAUUACAACUUACAAUCAAUAAAUUAUACGCAUUUGCCAUGUAUAUAAUACAAGUUUAUCAACAAAUACAUUGUUAUAUUUAAAAUGGUGUAAUUAAUGUUUUUUGUGGCCGAUAUAUCUAUGCCAUUUAAUACGUAUUCUGUGGAAAUAUUACUCAAGGAGGUAUAGUCUAAACACUCAAACAUUAACUUCUCUACGGGAUUCGCUGAAACCUCGUAAUAUAUAUUAUAGAUAUAAAUAGACCCAGUGGGAGAUUUUCAACAUUUUUCUGGAAGGGAUCCUGAAAUAUAUACUUUUUAAAGGUAUCUUCUAAUCUAUCAAUAGAUACCUCUUUUUUACUUUUUUAAAUAACAUUAUAUUAAAAUUAUAUCAGUGUCUGAAGGUAGCACAGACCCCUUGGACCGCCCCUCUCAUAAAUCAGCCACUGAAUAGCCAAUAGACAAAAGAUUAAACUACUGUAGCCAUAAACGUAAUGUGACGGUAUUAUGUAACCGAAUAGUAGAUAGUAAAAUAACUGCAGGUACAGCUCAUGUUUCGUAACCGCGGAAAUCUCUCCGGAUGAAUACUCCUUAAUCUUUAUAUACAGACAUAUUUUAAUUACGGACUGUAGUAUUUGAGUAAAACAAUAUCGCAAAUACUCGACGCGCGUAGACACCAAAACUAAUAUCUCUAUCGUCUCAUGUGACGUAAUUAUAUAAUUUAUACAGUGCCCUACGAAGAUAGACCGUUUCAAUACAUUUUGGUGUUGAAAUGUUUGAUUUCCAUUAAACCGUUAACGAGGUAUUACAUUUUAAAGUUUCGGUAGAAAAAGAGUAAUGAAGCAAAAUUUGUAUGAUGGUACAGCACGUGGAGUUUUAAUAGUGAUCCUCUACUUUCUACCUACCCAAAUUUGAAAGUGAAAUAUAUCAUCAACAGAUUAAUUGAAAUUAAAAAUGUCAACACUAAAAUAAAUUUAAACUAAUACUUACUUAGUAUAUUUAUGAUAUUUUUGCUAUAGUUUACCGUUUAAAAAUCAAUAGUAGGUAGUCUGUUUAUCCUCGAGAUUAAGGGUGACCAAAAUUAAUAUAAAUGUAACAUUUUAGAGCUACUUGUUUCUGAAGGUGUCUAACGAAAAAUCGAACAAAAGUUAAUGCUUUUCAAUAUAUCGCAAUGUGGGACAUUCUGUAUAUUAGGUAUCUGUAAAUUAUUUUCUUUUUUACAAUUUAAUGGUGAAAAGAAUGCGGUCUUUGAGAAGCAAUUGCUUAUGAUUUAGAGGUAUUUGGUUGCUCAAUAUGAAAUAACUAAAUAUUAGUAUUCGUAUACUACGAAAUUGGUAAAAAUAAAUGGAACCAUAGGGAUAUAUAUUGGAUGUAGUAGGAAAUAAUGGUACGUGGGUAGUUUAUAUAAGUAGCUAUAUUGGGUUAUUUUAUGUUUUUUUUUUUUUGUCACAUUCGUUUAUUUUUUGGGUCAGUCAUGUCAGUCCUAAAUCUCCACUUAACAUCGUAUUCUAUAAUGAUAAUAUCGUAUAAGAAUAUUACACACCUCAUCAGCAAUCUUCAUAUUAUCACUUUUAAUAAUAUAUCAAACCAUUUACUUAUCAAUAACAUUUCUCUUCUGAGGCCUGCUUUCUUCCACGCAUUAAUUUACAUCAAAUGUCUGUACUUAUUCUCCCAUCUUAUUGUCAAUCGAAACAACGCCUAUGCGCGCUGCUCCUUAGGAAUUAAUUUCUCAUUCUUACUUCUUUGCUGGCGAAUCCACUCAUCCAUCUAUUAGAAUUAUUCUCAUUUCUAAAACACCCGUUUUCUUCAUCCCAUCGUUCUGUCUGCAGAAUUCGUAUCAUAAUAUACAAUAUCGCCAGCAUUGCCGUGGUUUUUUGGAAAAUUAUUUAUCCCCGAUUUUUUUCUUCGCUUUCAAACCUAAUCAAAUAACUUAAUCCGUCGUAUUGUUUCGCCAAACCAAACCAUCAUAACAGAACAAACCAAACUUGUUAUAUCCAAUCGGGACCGACGGUUGGUAUUCUGAAAGGGACUCUGUAAAUUGGGAUAUAAGUACAAAUAUUAAUAUAGUGUCCCACGCGCUUUUUGCAGGUGCUGAAUAGAGCCGUUCGACCAAAGUUACUGCAGACUGCAAUGGCAAUUUUAAUUUUACGUUUGUUUUGGUUUUUAUUUGUUCGUUCGUUUGUUUAUUUUUGUUGCUACAUUAUGUUAUGUUAAAAUAUAUAAGUACCGUUUUGAUGUGUUACAGUCACUCAGGGAGGUGAUACCGCACGUCAAAAAGGACCGACGAUUAUCGAAAAUCGAAACGCUCACGUUGGCCAAAAACUACAUCAUAGCCCUGACCAAGAUCAUAUGCGAAAUGAGAGGCGAACUGGACCCGUUCAAAGACCAACAACAGGAAGACGGGGGUGCCGCGUCUACGCCACCGGCCACGGCCACCGGGGGACCGUCGUCGGUGGCGGCGGCUACCGCGGCUGCCGCGGAAAUCGACAGACGGUUGCAACUGGCGCUACAACACUCGGAAGAAUCAAUGGACUUUCCGUAAUCGGCCUUACUUAAAAUACACAUAAUUUAUUAUUCACACAUACGUACAUAUUUAUAUUAAUAAUACAUACUUAAGGAAAAAAAAACUUUUCAAUUUAAAAAUACUAUCCGUUCAUCAGUCGAUUUUUCUUCGCCGUGCACAAUAUUAUAAUAAACUAUAUCCACAUACACACACACAUAUGAGGGCAGAUACAAGGGGAGUUACCUGGUUAAUUAUACCACACCCCCUUGAAUAUAUAUUAAAAUAACAAAUAAUAUCAACUAAUAAAUGAAUGAUACUCAAACCGAUAAUUAUACAACAAUAUUAGUAUAAGCAUCACUUCCCUGUGGAAUAAUAAGACUAAAUUUGAUAUUGAAUAAAUUUGAAUUAUCACCUCCCCUCUUGAAUAAUUUCUGGAUCUGCCCCUACACACAUCGACGUUUAUUAUUAAUAAUGUACAAACAGAAACCAUCACAUUAUAUUACAACAACAUACUGAUGCAUUUAAUUAAUAUUAUAUUUUGAAAACGAACCGAAAUAUUUGAAAUUAUUUCCGCGGUGCCUCUGAAGCUUUUCUACAUAAGACCCGUAACUAUAUACAGUAUAUACUUAGCUCCUUCUCUUUAUUAUAAAUCGAAACAACAGAUACAAUAUUUAUAACUAUACAUAAAUAAUAUACUUCAUUAUAAUAUUGAUUUAACUCUUAAAAUUUACUUAAAAUGUGCAUAUAGGAAAAAAAAAAUCAAUUUUAAUUUUAAAUAAAACGUACACAUAUGGCAUUAUCUUUGCAUUUAUUAUGUAAUAAUAAUGUUUACCAACGGUAUCUAAGUAUAAUAUAAUCGUUGCAAUAAUGUAGCUUCAGUAGAUAUAACAAAUAAUUAACCGCAUAAGAUAAAAAUAUAUAUAUAUUGGGUGCCAUACAAUGCGAAUAACUCAAUUUUGUCCAACUCGUCAAUACGAUUUAGUAUUCAUACGAUCCCUUUUCAUUAAAAUAUAUAUUAUGCCACAUCUAAUGACAUUUAAACGAGUUUUACAUUCGGAUUCAAUGUGAUUUAUUUUUUUUAAUAAUAGAUUUCCAGCUACUCAGAUAUAUAUUCCUUCUUGACUCAUUCAAUUAAAAGUUAACGAAUAUUCAUAAUAUCGUAUAUCAUCUUAUUCGUCCUCUAGAUCAAAUUUCGUAUUCUCUUAAAAUGGAGCACCGCGAGUGCAGUGACCGGAUAAUUUAAAAAAAUAAUAUAAUAAUUCAUUGUCUAAAUUUUCCCGAAAUACUAAAUUUAAUAUGUUUGUACCUACUCGGUGAAAUAACGAAUAAUAUCUAAUAUAAUGUGAAACAUUUGAAAUCUUGAACCACAUAUAGUUACGAAAUAUAAUAUAAUAGGUUCUAUAAUAAUAGGUUCAACUGGGUACUUGAUAAAAUAUUACCGCUGAUAAACAAUAGGUAGAGGUACUGCAAUGACCGAGGUAAACAAAAUCCUUAACUUACAUUGCUUUUUUAAAUAUAUAAAAUUCAAUAUAAUAAUUACAAUUUAUAACACAAUAUUAAACCUAAAUAAGGAGCUGAUAUAAUUAAAAAUUUGAAUUCCCUUUUCUUUUUUAUAAUAUGUGAAAUUCUGUAGCUAUAUUAGCUGGACGUCCAGUAUUAGUUUAAAAUUAUUUUUUUCAAAUAUACGCAUAUUAUUAAAAUAUUAUUAUUAUUAUUAUUAUUUUAUCCUAAGCUAAAAUAAUCCUCUUUGCGACUUUGUUACUGGUACCUACUGUUUAUAAUAUUGUUAAAAAAUAAUUAAUAAAGCUAAAAACAUAAUAUAUUUUAACGUCGUCUUAGCGCAUACUUAUACUUCUAAAGUAAAACUGAUACGAAAAGUCAAUAAUUUUUUUUUUCUUUUGGUAAAAAUAAUUCGUAUAGCCUUAUAAACAAAUCAAAAUAUAAUUUAAUACUAAUGAUAAUAUAGAAAUGUAUAAUGUUUUACCUUCACGAAGGUUCAUUCAUUCAUUAUUGAAAAUUGAAUACAUAACCUAUUAAUAACGAUAAUUUGUUUUAUUCUAAACUAAACGAAUAUAAUAUUAACUAUAGCUAUAAAUCUAUAAAUAAAUUAUACCCUUUUUUCAUUUUUUUUUCUUUCUACUAGAUGUGUCGAAAUAAUAAAUAUCCAGCAUAAAAAAAAAAUAUAUAUAUAUAUAUGUAAUAUUAUUAUUAUAAGUAUUUAUGGUUACUAUUGAUUUGACUCCGUAUAAUAAUAUGCCAACAUAAUAUUAUAUGACACCUAUCUUACCGAAAUAUUUAUACACAAGCAUAUGAUAUAUUCGUGAAUAUCGUUAGAAAUUUUUGCAUAUUUACGUAUUAUUAUACAUUAAAUGAAUACCCAUUACCUACUUACACUUAUACCAAAAUAUAGUAACAUAAUAAUAAUACUAUUAUGCAGGCUAUAUUAUUUAUUUUGAAUGGGUAGGUAGGCAGGUACUUUGAGAAAAUAAAAAGUGUUAUAUUAGAUGGGUUUUAUCCAUAUUUAUUUAUAAUAGAUUUCGUCUGUAAUUAUUAUUAUAGUUAUAUUAUUAUUAAUAAACGCUGGUUUUGAACUCCUAUUUUAUUAUUAUAUUAUAUCUAUAUUUAUCUAUGUACAAUGGCGUACCUGAGAGGGAAACAUUUAAUUCCAUGGUCCGUAUAAUAUAGGUAUGUAAGUGUGUAACGCAUCGUUUUAAAAAAAUUAAAAAUUGCUUAUUUUAUGAAUUUCAAUGCUGUAUUUUAAAUUAAAAUAUCCAUAAAUUAAAACAUUUGCAAUACUAGAUUGCCGUUUCUAUUAAUAAUAUUUCUUGUACAGUUAUUACAUGACUUUUUUUAAAAUAUAUUCCCCCCUUCCACACACACACACAAGAAGAGUCUCAGGAUGCCACUGUCUAAUUAUAUUUACUAAUAAAAUAUCUAAUUAUUAUUAUAUUAUACAAAUAUACGCUAAUAUGUCACUAUAAUACUAUAUUAAGUCAAUGAUGAAAAUGUAUCCUACAAAUUUGUUGUGGAUUACAUUAUACAUUAAAAUAAUAAUAUUAAAUUGGAAUUGAUAUAUUAUAUAAUUACCUAUAAACAUUGUUCGCGAUUAUUAUUAUUAUUAUGCAUACCUAUAAUAGGUACCUAGUCAAAU